AUUUUUUUUUACAAUUGGAUUACCGUCAUUGAUAGGUACACAUAGGUACUGUGGUACACGGUCCCGCCGUCGCGCAUUCGGUCAGUCGACAAUUUUUUUGGACGUUUGCCCGUUUUUCUUAACUCAGCCGCCGACAGUGUCGGUAUUAUUUUGUGCUAUCAAUUUCCCGCGGUCGCGUUUUCCGCCGAUUCCCGCGGACCCCUUUCACCAGUAGUCGUUGAAUUCGUCGUCGUCGUGUCCGAGUGCGAAACAACCGUCGAAAUCUGGGCAUACGAUAUCCCGGACCGCGCGAAAAAAAAAAAUACGAAUGAAAUUAUGGAACCGACCGGCGCCGAAGUGAGUUAGCGGCGUCCACAGAUGGUGGUGGUCCGUCCGACAAAACCUCUGUAACCUGCAGGUAAACCGACCCCGCUCAGGGCCACUUAACUUAGUUAGUUUUCGCACAUUUCCGCUCGAGAUUGUGUAACCAACAACCGUGUGUAUUGCAGGGUGAUGGCCGAUGAUGUUUCGGACAAGAGGGAUUGGCCGCAGCAACCAUCGGUGAGUGUUUUUUAUUUCGUUUUAAUUACAAUAGCCGUGUAGCAGCAAGAAUUGUAUUGGUAAGACGGUACCUGCGUAGAUACUGCAUAGGCAUAUGUUUGUAUUUCCAUUAGGUACCUAGUUACUAGUAUGGUUGCCAAUGGUGUUUUGACAGUUUAGUAUAUUAUUUUCUGUUCUUGCUCAUCUAUGGAUUACUAUAGGGUGCAGUGUAUGACAACAACCAGAACAACAACCCUGUGUUUAUGACCAUUAUUUUAUACUUGUCCGUUACUGUAAUGAUUGUCAAAAGUUUUGUUCUUGCUCCAUACACGAUAGUACAAUAUGUUAUUCAAAUUUCUGUGUCUUCAGUAUUUACUACUGUGUAUGAAUAAAGUGUAACGUAACAAUUGCAUAGGUGUCUACUAUCUAUGUACAUAUGUUAAAUUCAUUUCAAACAAAAAAUAAUAUAAAUUGUUUUGUAAUUUUGUAGACAAAUGUAGAUACCUAUCUAAUAUGAAAUGAAUCUGAUAAUUUAACUGUUUAUUAUAUUGUAGUUGUGUAUGUUCUGAUUGAAGUUAGGCAAACAUAACAUUAUCUUCCUAUAUUGUGUAUAACUUUUACUCAAAUGGCUAUAUCCAAACCUAUACUUGAUAAACAACAAAUAACUUUAGGGAUACCUAUGAUUAAGAAGUUUUACGUUGCAAUAAUAUUUGCAUUAAAAUAUAAAAUCAGAUAUUAUAGUUAUAGUUAGGUUAUAGUUACCUUGAAUUUUGUUAACUUAAAUUAAGUCUUAAUAUUUUCUUUAGCUUAUGAUUAUAUUAGGUAUAUCAGCUAACUGUUUAACAUUUUAUUUACUGUAUAUUAAGUAUAGGUAGGUAGGUACUAUUUUUGUAGUAAAAUUUAAAUUAAGUUGUUUCUAACGUUUAACAUAAAUAUUGAUAUUCUUUUGGAUUCAUGCCAUAAGUGAUAAAUUGCUGAAAAUAAUGUUACAGUGAGAUUAAUGGAAGAAAUUGUAUUUUUAAUUUCUUAAAUUUGAUAGUUUUAAAAAAAUAAUUUCAACUAUUAAGUGAUUAAAUGAUAGGUAUCUUAUGAUAUUAAAUAACUAUUUUGAUGUGAGAAAACUCAAGUUGUCUUUACUCCUUGCUUUACUCUAUCUGUACAUUUGUACAUACCUUACCUAUAUAAUUUUGAUAAAUAUCUAGUUUGCGUUUAAUAAUAUUUGAAAUUUUCUUUUAAUUGAUUAGUUUUCCAUGAGUAAUUUUGAUUUUAAUACAUACCUACAUAGAUUGAAUUACAUAGGUUUCUAGGUACUAUAAUAAUAAGUAUACAUAUUGAUAGCAAUAGAAUGGGAUAGGUAAUAAUAAUAAUUUUACUUGUAUAGUCAAGUACUUAGCUCAUUAAUACUACCUACUUUAUUCAAAGCUGUAGAUUUUUAGUUUAUAAAAUAUAUUUAUAUUAAAUAGGCAGUUAGGUACUUGAGUAAUUCAAAUUUGAAUAGGUAAUUCUGUAUCUUUAUAGGCACUUACUUAGGUAUGCAUAUUACCUACCUAUUAUUUAUUAUUUUCAGUAGGUAAACAAACUUUUCUUAUACUGAUAAAUAAAAAUAUAUACAUACAUUUAUGAACAAAAAGAAUAAAAUAUUGUAUUGACAUUUGAUCUUAUCUCACAUUUGAUGUUAGAUGUAGUUGAGAAUACUUUGUUGUAAUUCAAAAAUAAGGCGGGGUCGGGCCACCUUGAUUUUUAGUUUUAGUUGACUUCAGUCUUAGUUUUUGAUUCUUUAUUUAUUUUGUGUCAUUAAAAAAAUGACAAUUCAGGAAUUUUUGUCUAUGUUCAUUACUUUGAAUAUUUAAAAUAUGUUUUUUUUUUUUAAAAUAAAGUAAAAUUUUAAAUUGAAAAUUAUGUAGGUAAUCAUAUAAUUUUCAAUCUUUCAUCGAUUAUAAAAUAAUAUUGCUAGACUAUAAAGUUUAUUGGAGUACCAAUUAAGUGCACACAUGCAUCUCGUAAUGGUUUAUUAUUUGUGUACAAUAUGAAAACCUUGCGAAGCGAUUGUAGCAAUCUGUGUAAUAUUCCGUUGAAAUGUUAUUUCAUGAUUUUUCAUUUAUAAUAAGAAACAAGAUAUUGAUUUAUGAGUUAUAAAAUCUUGGUACUCUGUCGACAGUAAUAGUUUGUUAAUUUCAUUUUAUAUUGGUUAUUUAAAAUUUUAAUUUAUAAGUAUAAUUUUAAUCAAAUACCUAUUUAUAUUAAAGUAUUAUUGAUAUUUUAUAUAAUUACCUUGAUAAUAUUUUUUGAUUAUAUUUUUUUUGUAGGUUUAUAUCUAUCUUAAAUUACUCACUUUUAAUAUAAAUAAUGGAUAAAGAAAUAGAAUUUCGAGAUUCUGAAUUUAUUAUCCAAUGUCAUAAUCUAUUCUAGAUACAAAUUUUGUCAAAAUUUCGAAAAUUAUAUUUUAUAGAAAUUCAGACAAUCUUGCAAUGGAAUAAACUCGUAACAAUUAAUGUAGCGAUUGUCUAAAGAAGUAGGCAUAUAUUUGAAUUUAUUAAAGAAAUAAAAGUACUUACUUAUAAAAAACUUACAUCUAUACGUCUUUGGUUAUAUUAACAUCUAUUGACAAGAAGAUGACCGUGACAGUUGUGUUCAAAUAAAUCACUCUGUUGGCAAGACAACUUUUUUAAAAUUAUAUACAUAUAUAUAUACCUGGUCAUCCAGACAGAAUUCUUCAUUUUAUAUUAAAGACUUUGCUGCCAAAUAAUCUACCUUUUAAAUUGCUGAGUAAUAAUUUGUUUUUAAUUACCUAUAUCUAAUAAUAAACCAAUCUCUAGGGUAAACAAUUAUUUUAGGUACUUGUUGAAACCUAGAGCUCUUCACAGAGACUACAGGGAUGUUUUAUUAUAUAUAUGAGAAAGCUUACUCACAGUGGCCACUUCCUGUGUUUUGCACUUAAAAUAAUAACCGUUUUUUGAACAAACGAGAUCAGAAGCAUGUAGGCCUAUAGUGUGUAGUCACAAUGCAUGUUUCCUGUCAAUUGACAUAUGGUCUAUGUUACAAAAAAAAAAAAGUGAGAGCAAUGAUUAUUAUGUCAUCAAACCAAUUUUGUUAUAAAAAAUCUUAUCAUUUUCAUAGAUCGUUAAAUUAUAAAAUAAUUAACAGUUCCUAGGUAAUAUUCACCAAAAUUGUUUGGACACACUUAGGUGUAGGUACUUACUUAUUACAAUUUUUAUGUACAACAAAAGCAAACAAAUAGACAAUAGUGAACUAUUUAUGUUUUUUAGACUGCUGAUGUAAAUUUUUUAGUCUAUGUACCUAUCAACUUAUUUGUUCCUUUUUAAGUUUUAUCUGACUAAAUAAUAUAAUAAAACUAGUUUCUGAGUAAGACAUUAAGUAUUAAAAAUUUGAAGGUUAAUUUUAUAUUAUAGUGAAGUUGUAAUUAUAAGACCCAUGUUUUAUUAAAAAACAUGUAUUGGAUAAAUAUUUUAAAAUCAAGUACCUAGGAAUUUUUAGAUUUUUAAUUAUUUAAGAAAAAAAAACCAGUUAUUAAUUAGGCAUGUAUUUACGAAUUACAAUGAUGGAAAUUAGUAUUAUUACCACUUAUAAACAUAUUUAUGGCGAUACUUGCGAAAAUUAAUUUUUAAGUGGUUUGGUCGUAGCUAUAAGUUUUGUUUUCAUGGCAUAUGUGCAUAUAAUUAACAACUAAUACCUAACCAAGAAUGUGUACCUACUUUGGUAGUAUUAAGUAUGGGUCAAGAUACCAAGCUAUUUUUUUCAAUGUAUGAAUAAAUAGCUAUAGGUAUUUUGAUAAUACAAACAUAGUUUAAAUAUUUUUUCGUUUAUCUUAAAUUAUAAUCGUACGAUGAUAAUACGUUUUUUCUACGAAUAAGACUAUGUUAAUUUUUAUUACGUUUUUGAAAUAAUUUUAUGGAUACAUCUAAUGGAUGUAUCAACAACUUUUGAUUGGAGAUUGAUUGAUUAAAGCAGUUGCAAAAAAAAAAAAAAUCUUAUACAAAAUAAAGUGUUUAAAAAAUUUCUUCUCGCCGUCACUAUACAACUAUAAUAAAGUGACAUCAUGCCACAUCAUAAUAAUGUUUCUAAUACAUAAGAGAUUAUAAGUCACGUUCAUAUCACCGUGAUUUGUCAGGCUUUCUUUUUAUUUCUUACGAGCACGAAUUGUCAGACAUGAAUCGUUAGUGUCUUUAUUAGUAGAGGCCUACAACUAUAAUAUAUAAUAAGUUAAGAUAAUAAUAAACGUAAAACAAAAACGUAAAAAAAAAAAUAUAUAUAUAUAUAUAUAUCGCUACUUUCUCGCUUAACCAACAUAGGCUGUAAGUACAUAAAACACAACACUGCCUAUUUAGAGUCGAGCAGGUAGGUACCGUAUUAUUAUUUAAGUGACAUAAUAAUUGACAAAUCGAAAUUGCCUUUUAUUUUGUUGUAAUUUUUACGCGUUGAAAUUAAUAGGUAUAUUGUUUACCUUAUUAGAUAAUCUACAAUACGUCAUAUUGAGUCUAUUUUUCGUACACAGUAGGUAUCAUAUAGAUACUUAUUUUUAAAUAUUUGUCGUACCAUAUUUAGAAUUGUGCGUGAAACGAGAAAUCUUUUGUUUCUUAAAGAGUUUUUUGCUAAAUCACUUCCCCUCAAAUAACUUACAAAAUUCGUCUACAGUCUUUUAAACACUGAGAAAAUAACUGUCGAAUAUUGCAGAACGCAUUUAACGUUCCAGAGAAUAAGAACCUAGAAAGUGAUCAAAAUAAAGCUGUGGUCAGUUCUUCCCCCAAAAAGGAAAACAAAUCUUGGAACAACCGUAAAUAUUCCAAUAUUACUUUGUUUGAGGACUUUGGCCACUUCCGUUCGCUGGCUUCGCGAGGUCAUGUCGGUAUUCUAUAACCACUAAUAUGCUUAUGCUAUGCAAAACCACGUCGGCUAGAAUUUGGUAUUCUUCAAUCUGGGGAUCGCGGCCUUUUCGGGAGUCACCAACUAUCUUUUUAGGAUCACCAAAAAUUGAAUAUUCAUUUAGGGGUCGUGACACGUGAGAAACACUGGGGCAGGUCAGAGGGGAAAACGUUUUCACUUUUACUAUGGAAUUUUGAAUUUUGACAAAUAUUAUGUUGGUUAAUUGAUAUUAAUCUGAUAGGCAUUUUGUUUUCUGUUCAUUUGAUUUCUGGAUUUCUAACGUUUUGGAAAAUUACACAGUCCUCGAAUGAAUAUUCACAAAAAUUGCAAAACUAUUUUCAGUUAGAUAUUUUUAAACCAUAUACAUAUUAUUUGAUCGAAUUUAUUUGCGGCGUUCUUUAUAGUUACAAUUUGUUUUUUCUACACCUAAUAACAUAUUAUAUUAUAUUUUAUUUUAUGAUUAGUAAAUCGAAUACCUUAAAAGUUUUAAUUGGCUUAUAGUUUAAUGCUCUUAUACGAUAGUAACUAUAAUAUUUUGUACGAAUUGUACAGGAAUAAAAUUGAAAUGAUGAGCACUUGAACAUACCGAAAAAUAGGGUAUAAUAUAUAGGUAGAGUAUUUUAAAAAUUAAUAAUUGAUCCCCCGGAAGAAGAUAUUAGGUUAUACAACUAUGUGUAUAUAGGUACGUCAAGUUUAUAAAAAUAAUGAUUAUUAAUUACUAUUAAUCCGUGUUAGUUUGGAAAUAAAAUGGAAUUUCUGUAACUAAACUAAUUAAUAAUCACGUAAAAUGUUCGUGAACACUGAUUAUUGUAAACAAGACUCGAACCAUAUUUUCGUGUAAACUUAACCUAUUAAACAAUUUGGCAAUGGACAGUGUUCAAUUCAAGUAUAUGUCAGGGUGAGAGCGAUAGCCUCCCUGGAAUUUUUUUUGCUCCCAUGUGGGUAAACUAAUUACUAAACAAAUUUGACUGGUCUUAGUAAGAGGGUGGGUAGAUAAAAGUUAACUACUAUAAUUUUAGUAAUGCCCCCUCUCCAAAAAAUUGAUCUUGAUUCAACACUGGUGAUGGAGUCAACACAUUUUAACAUCUCUUCUAAAUGCUUUACUGGAACUCUUUACUUUCUAGGUGUAAUGUGUAAUUUAUUUUGACAAAUAUUUCAUCUAAGACAAGGUAAAUUCCCAGUCUUGCAAACGUAUAGUAUAUCGAAUUUGCAUUCAGCCGGAACAAUUUCGUGUUGUUUGUUUUGAUAUAAGAGUGAAUUAAUCUAUAACAGCAAUAUUAAUUUGUGAUGUUUCACACACUUAUAUUUCUCUUAAAAAUUAAAAAAAAAAAAAAAAAAAAAACAUAGCGUGUCAACGUUGUACCUACCGAUAAUGUUCUUAUAUUUAAGUUUGAUACUAGGUCAAUUUACUUUGAUAUCGAAACUAACAGCGCGGUAUUGUUCCCGUUGAAUGCGAAUUUUCUAUGCCGUACGUUUGUAAUACGGAGACAACGCAUGCGGGUAUCACACCCCGGUAGUAUAAAUGGAAAUUUCGUGUCACAUGCAUUAUGAACUUGUUUGUAUCGUACAUUUUCUAUACAAAUUAAACAUUGUUUGACACGGUAUUCUCUGCUUAAAAAAAUGUAGAUUUUAAAAAAAAAAACCAUAUUAAAUAUACUAUUAGUAAUAAUAGCGUAUUUUCGUGUAAUCGUCUGUCAAUGGUCUUUUUAUUGGUGUUUAUUGGUCUUAAAUACGGCCGUAGUGCGAUUCGUUUUUAAUUGCUUUAAAUUGAAGUUCCCGACGAGUGGAAUCGAAACGGUUCUUUAGUUAUUGUGUGCACAACAUGAACGGUCGUCGGUAUGUUAUGUGAACGCGAAUUGAAAAUUUAAAAAUCAUUUGUCUAACGAAUCACAGUUCGUAAUUAACAUAAUUUAAAUAGAAAUUAAAAAUUUCUAUUGAUGAUACGGCUAAUCCGUUGAGUUUGAUUAUUAUAAUUCAAUAAACGAUUUUUAUAAGCUGGGAACGAGAUUGCGGAAAUCGUACCGAGUUUUCUGGGUUUUUAUAGUGGGUACUAUCCGGAAGAGGACGAGGCGGAUGAGAUCGGAGAGAACGCGAGCGUCGGACAGAUAGACGGGCCGGGCGCAUAAUAUGUGACGGGACGGGGUCCUGCAGAGGUCGCUUUUGUGCCCCGAAGAAAAUAAACAAAAAUACCGGGGGAAAAAAAAAAAAAUAAUAAUACGUUUAAACAACGGGGUCGCGGUGUAUAGUGUGUUAUCAUCGGGCAUGCGCCCGGAAUGUAACGGAAACGUCGUUGUUCCCGAACAGUUGCGUGAACGGACGACGAAUCGUUAUGGGUUUCGCGUGUUCCUCGGCGUGUGAAAGUGAUUUGUUUGUUUGUUUGGUUUUUUUUUUUUAUUUUUUCUUCGUCCCGAACAUUCGGAUGAGAUCGCAAUAAUUCGCCGCGAAACACCCGUCGAGUAAUAAUUAUUAUCAAUCGGUAAAAGCGACGGCGGCGGCCGCACGCGUGCGGAUCGUCGUGCAUCAUACUAUUAUUAUUUUGUACACGGGCGCUUAAUUGUUAUUGCUUUACCGUUAAAAAAAAAACAACGGAACGUCGGAACAAUCGCGCGCAUAACGACGACAAUGACGACGGUGAUUAUAACACGCCGUCGUUUUGCCGAAACGCCGAACUACACACGUUUAUGCGCCGUACCGCGUGUAACAGACGCGGCGGCCGGCGGUUUUUAUUCGGUAAUCCGCGAAGAUAAACGGGAAAUUAAUGAACCAAACCAACGGCGGCGCCGUAGCGGGCCCGACAACACCGACGGUUCGUCUUUACCCCGUGUGGCGAUUUUGUCGGACGGCCGGAAUAUCCGCCGUCGAACGUCGUCGUGAUUUUUCUACGGUCAAAACAACAGUAAUUAUAAUAGUUAUUUGCAAACCCCGCGAUCCGGACGGCCGACAACGGGCUUGCGCGGAUCGGCGUAGAGAACGCGUACAUUUCGUAUUCUGAUACGAUUGUUAGUCUCGCGCCAGAGUUUUCCAACGUCGUCGUUACCGCUGUCGAUUUCACCGAGAAACGGGUGUUUUUUUUUGUUUUUUUUUACGCGAAAAAUAAAAUAAUAUCCGCGUGAAAAAUCUCUGGUAUCAUGUUCUAAUUACGUGUGUUACGUUUUGAUUUUAAAACGACGGUAACAAUAUAUAUAUAUAAAGAAACAAACGGACAUACUUCCAACUAUGAGUGGGGGGUCACUGUUGUAGGUGAGAAGUUCGGAAGGGGAAAUUUAAUGUACUCAACGGUUAAUCGUUGCUAAUGAAAAACGAUUCUGAGCGGAGUUCGGUCGUAAGCCUUUUGAAAGGCCGUAAUAUUCACGAUUUAAAAAUAAUACACUUCGUAAAUGUUCACGGUUUUCCCGUUUAUUAUGAUAACCCCGUUGCAAUUUAUUAUUUCAUGGUUUACAGUAUAAAAUGUAUGUGAAUUAUCUAUUUAGUUUAUUAAAUUUACUUAUUUACUUUAGCCGAAUCGGAGUUUAUUAAUGUCAUUGUCAAAAAUAACGAUACAUUUAAUAAAAAAACAAGAUUAACUGAAUAAAAUCAUUAUUAAUUUAUAAAUUUAAUAAAAUAUCUGUAGUUGUUUCCUACAAAUAAAACGUAUUAUUAUAUUCUUUAAAGAUAAAUAUGUAUAAUUAGUACUUAUCUAGUGCAAAUAUGUAUGUUGAUACCAUAAAUCAAUUUUUAUAUAUUUUUAGAUUCUCAAUUAGUAAGGUUUUACUAUGUGUGUUUUUUUUAUACAUUUGUUUUGUGUCUGUUCUACUAGAAAACCUGCUCUAAUCAAAAAAAUGACCAGAGACCUUUUUUGUUGCAUUUUGGAUCUAGUUGGUGACUAAGAAAGUUUUAUAAUUUUACGCGCAAAUCGUUUUGACACAAUUUCUGAAUUCGAUUGCACUAAUUUAAACUAAUUAUUAAAAAAAAAAAACAAUUUUAAAAUAGUAAAAUAGGGCUGAUGAAAAGCACGUUCAUAACGUGCAUUUCAUAUAAUAUACGUAUAAUAUAUAUAUGAACGAAGUACAAAUGCAUAGUUGGAGGGAUUGUUUAAUGAGCCAGAUAUAGUUGGAGUUCUCAAAAGCCCGAAGCUUAGCUGGGACGUGGACGUUUGUCGGCUAGAGUAGCAAUUAAUAAGAAAGAUCCUGGGGCUGAUCACAAUGUGGAAACUGAGUCUAAAUAAUAAUAACCAAAUCAAAAAUGUUCAUAUUAUCCUCUAUAUUAGAUAAGUAUUUAAUUAUUUGAAAUUAUAUACUUAAUUAUUGUCUAUUAUUGUGCUUUAAACAUGGUAAUAAUAAUAAUCAUAAUGGGAUUGGAAGAAAUGUCCAAUUUUUUAUUUUGGCCUUUUAUUGCCAGACUAGAAAAGACAACGGUGGUGUGACUAUCAUUCGUUGUAAACCUCAAUCAACUGGGAAAAAAGAAUGUAGAACAUAAUAGCCAUGGACAAGGAUUGGGAUGCGUAUUAGAAGCGGCGGUGGUUGACCUACAGGACCUGAAUUAAAAAAAAAAUAUGUACAAGUUGUUAUUAUUAUUGUUUUAGGACGUCAAAAAGACAUCGUUAUUGUUUUAUAUCAAUAAUAGUACGUUGCUUAGGUUGUUGUAUUUUAAAAUUUGUCAUGUGAAUUUGACUGUUGGUAUAGAUCUGCGAAAUAUUAUAUAUUCCGGAUUAUUAUUUACCGUUAUCAAUAUUUAAGCACGUUCACGCUACUCCGAUAAUGUAAACAUUUUGGAAGACAAAUAAGAAACCUUAUAAUUGGAUUUAAUAUUAUUGUUUUAUCAGUUUCGUGGUAUACCUACUUUAUAUGACGAAUAUCGCAGUGUGCUGAACAUAAUAUUAAUAUUCUCGGUGUAUUAUUUCAUGGGAAUAGUACUGCGAUUUGCGAAUGUUGUGUAUUUAUGAUGUUUUGUUUUGUGUUGAAAAAAAUAUUAAUUACACGAAUUCUAUAGUGAUAAUAAUCGCAUUUAUUAUUAUUCCUACAUUUUAAAAAAUGUUUUUUAUCGUAUAUAAAAAACGAAAAUAAAAUAUCUUUUUCCUUACAUAUUAUAUUAUGUUAUUGUGAAAACUAUGAAUAUUUUUUUUUCGUAUGUUACCUAUAUAUUAAAUUCGAAAUUUAUCUUAGCCUAUCAAUUUCAUAUAGGUAGUUAGGUAUAUUUACAGUUUUAUUUAUUGGUCUAUUGGCCAUUAUAAGAGUUAACACUGACUCAUCGUCUAGUCAAUGCUAUGUUAGGUAGGUAUACAAUUGUUUUUAACUUACAAUGUUGUUGAGUCAGUCGAAAUUAUUGUUUAACACUCAUAAAUUUAUUUUUAGUCUUAAAACGUGUUUGAAUUUAAUAAUUAAAAAAAAAAAAACGUAGAUAAAUUAAUAAUAGUCUACGUCAUGAUUAUCAGAAUUUGUAUUUAUUCUAUACAUAAAAUAUAACUAUAUAUUUGUUGAAUCUGUGUCGGAUGAAGUAUAAAAUAUGCAUACAUAUAACGUAUAGAAUAAUAAUUAAUUUACUUAUAAAUGUACUUGAUGCGUACUAAAAUUUAAGACCGACAAUUGUUUAAUAAUUUUGUUAACCGAUAUAAUAGUUGAUUUGUUCAUAACAUGAAUAAUUAAUGAAUGUUAAUAAAAAGAAUUUGUAUUACUGCACUAACACAGUUGAUGAAAACAAAUUAAAUCCGCGAAGAUUAUACCUAGAACAUUUUAGAUGUUAAUUUUAGUUAGUUUUAUAAUUGUGUAGUUAUCUCUAUCAGAAUUUCGAAAUCAAGAUAAAAGCCAAAUAUUGUUUUUCGGCGUACAAAAGAUUUAUUAAUUAAAAAAAAAAAAUUAUGAUGUGAAAAAUAACGAAUUGGUUUCAAACGAUACUUAUAAAGGCGGUUUUUGCAUUCUCUUGCUAAAUUUCAACUGUCAGUUAAGUUAGCGUUCAGUACGCUGUAAAAACUUAAGUGUGCGAGUUUAAAACAUAGUUAUUACAAUAUACAGAUACAUUGUUCACCCACCAGUUAAUUAAUAAAAAACAUUUUAAGAAAUAGUAUGUACAAUUUUCAUUUGUCAAUGGUGAUAUUAGCUGUUUUAUUUUAAGCGAUAAUGAAACCAAUUUACCAUAUACAUUCCAAAACUGCAUAGAAUUUCUCUCAUCAGUUCUGUGUUGCUAUUAUUGCUAAAUAAGUUAACGUUAACAAAAAGCUACACCUUAUAUUUAGAGGUCAGAUUUAGCAUAUGAUUAUUUCAUGAAGAAAAUCUCUGAAGGUAAAAUUUCAGGAAAGAGAACUCAAGGUCAGCCAAGACAACGAUAUUUCAGAGAUGUCUAUUAAAAAAUAGAUGUCAACUUCUAUGAACAAUUCUGACAAAGGGACUUGGUUGUCUCAACAACGCGUUUCUUUUAGAAAUUAUUGUAAAAUCUAACCAUUCUGACUGAUAAAUGAUGUGAACUAUUUUUAAAAGUUUGGUAAUUUUUUUUCUCUUCUGUAUUUUAUAUCCUAUACAGUUUAAUAGAAUACGCUAAAAACGGUUAAUUUUUAUAAUUUUAACAAAUUUCGUCGAAGUUAAAUGUCAUUUCCAAAUGAAAAAAAGGUCCGUGCAAAUAAAGUAGUUAAACAGAUUUCUUGAUGACGUUUUCAAGAAUUGGGUUCGAUGUCGAAUCCAUUGAAUCGCGUUGUACUUUAUUUUUAAAACAAAAAGGUGGCCGGCCGGGCCCCUAAGAGUGUAUAAUAUUUGCACCCGACGCUCCGGGAUAUGUUAAUAAUUGCGUUUCAAAAUUAUCGUGUAUCACAAUCAUUUUACGACGACGAAGAAAGGAAACACAAGAUCAUCUGCUGCGGGUCGUAAUUUAAUAAUAAUAAUAAUAAUAACAGGCGGACAGGACUCUAUGCGGAGUCGUCAUGCUCGACGGGCACCGAGUUUAUGACGUUGUUCCUAUCUUCAUCGGCGGCGCAUACGUACAUCGCGAUAAUCGCGGCGGCAACGUGGUGCAGCCCAGAAAUAAACCGCGAAUUACGUUCGCGCUAUGAACGUCAGCGGAGGUCCCGCGUGUGCGUACGGACGGCGGCGGCGCGCAGUACAAUAAUAUAGUAGCGCGGUGUACUAUUAUAUAGCGAAGAAAAUAUACACACUCGGCGUAGGAUAAAUAAAUAAAAUCCGAAGUACAGAUAGACGCGAUGGGCGUAAAAAACGAUAUAAUUCGACCGGGAGUGUAAUAAUAUCGAGAGAAUCGUUAAUCCCGCGGACGUUGGUUUUAUCACAUAUACUGCAGCGCUCCUCGUCGUCGCGUAUCAUACGGACGCAGAUGGGUUGCAUCAUUCAACGGGGCGGCGGUGUUGAAGGAAAGCGACCAGUUGUCGAACAAUAUUAUAAUAAUGCAAUAACGAAUUAUACACUAUUAUACAUAUAUACAUGUAUAAAAAUAAUGGUUUUUUUUUCUCAAAAUAGAGAGUCUGGACUUUACGUAUAUUUUUUUUUUUCUUAGCUCGGAAGUCAACUCAAAUCCUUUCGACAUUUUGUCUCGAAUACUCGUUGUUGUAAAACUGGUUUUUACCAAAAUGCUUGAAAUAAUUUAUCGUUCGAUUUUAAAAACAGUCGAUUAUGUCGAUGGUUUAAAACGAUUUUUGGAAUUUAUGUGAUAGCGGCGGCGGCGGCUUUUCGGGGGUAUAAAACUUAUACAUCUCACCCCGAUGACUGGGAAGCGUAAUCGGGACACUCCGUUUAUUAUCUCUCGUGUUUCUAUCCUCAAAACUACUCCACCCACCAGAACGCGUUUUCAUGCUGAAUGUUGUUUCGUCUAGAUGUAUAAGUCUAUGGGUAAAGCCAAUGUUAUCAAUAAUUAUUAAAAAACGUCAAAGGCGUAGUUAAAGGUACGCCGCAUAGAGUACUACUACUACUACAGUACAAGUCACAAUAAUGAAUUGUUGGUAACAAUUUUACACCUCAACUUGGUCACUUUUAUCACACGAAAAAAAAAUAAUUUAAAAACAGUUUUGAACAAUCAAUACUAUUUUAUUAUCUUAAUUGAAAUUAAAUAGUUUAAAAAAAUAGUAACUGUUUCAGAAAAGAUUAGAUAGUACAAGUCAUAUCAUUUCUUAUCAAUAUGACACAUAUUAUUAUGAUGUGCAACGUCUUUCUAGUGUUUACGUUCCGAUUUGCAGUAGGUAUACUGAGCUACGAUUAAUAUAAACACAAUAUUUAUUGCGAUUUUAAAUAAUAUAAUUGCUCUGGUUCAAUGAAAAUGGAAUUAUUCAUUAUUCCUCGACUUCGUUGAGACAGAUAUCGUCCAACAGUGUUAUAUUAUACGUACAAGAAAAUAACGAUUUGUAUUGAGAUAUUUAAUUAUCGAGUCCGAAUCAGGUAUCUCCCUGGGAGAGGGGGCGAACAAAAUAUCUAAUAUCUAUAAUUCUUUAGGCUUACUUUCAAAAAAAAAAUGUCUAAUAAAUGUUGUGUUUCUUAAACAUAGGUGGAGAUUUGAUAGCUUUUGGGGGACUAAAAUAGUCGAAACCGCCGUAUCUUCAGUAUAAAACAUGUUUUGCGUGAAAAAUUCUUAUGCCUCAUAAAAUAGAUUAAUUUUUUUUUUACUUUUGGAAGUUUUCGUUCAAAUUGAAUUUCGAUUGUCAAAAUUCAAAUUUCUAGAACUGUAACAAGCGUUUAAAAUCACCAAGUUUUGUUAUUUUUUAAACUUUUUUCUCUGCCAUAAAUUAAAAGUCAAAGUUGAAUGCUAUAUUUUUGAAAGUUUUGAUCAUUAAAAUAAAAAUAAUAAUAAUUUACUUUUAUCUGUUUUAUAGAAUAAAGAAAUUUUUGUUUUUUUUUUUUUCAUUUUGCAUAUUUUAUACAUUUUUUGAUUAAGUUUUAAUCAAAUAUGUAUACAGUAUAAUAUAAUUUUACUUACAUGUUUCAUUAUAAAAACAAACAUUAAAUUCGCGACCAAUAAUUAAUUUUUGUAAUUUAUUUACAAUUUACCACUUAAUUGCCUUGCCUAACAAUGAAUUUAAUUUUCUUUUUCAAUGGGAAAAAUUUCACGAAGAUUUCAUUUUUCAAUUAUAUAAUUCGAUUAUACACGUCAUUAUAUAAUAGCGUGUGCGUAAUAUCGUUAAAAUACUUACAUUUUUUUUAAAAAACGUAUCUAUAUACAUUUGUGCAUUUUUUUCAAGUUUACAAAAUACAUAUACAAUGUACAAUACUGAUUAUUAAUGGUGCCAAUCAAAUUGCUAAUUAAAAAUUAACGUAUUGAAAUGUAGUUAAUUGUUUUGUUUUUAUUUUUUGUAAAACUUUUUUUUUAUUAAAUUCUCGCGGUUUACUGCGAUUGGAAGAUGUCUGGUAUAUUAUAACGUAUGGUCGAAUUAUUUUACUGAAGACGAUGAACAUUCCUGAUACAUCUAGCGACGUUAUUUCGCAAUAAUGCGUAUCAACCGAACACGAAUUCGAGCGAUCCAAACGCGAUUUUCACCUUUUAUUCUAUAUACCACUACGUCGCAAGUGAUUAAUGAUUGGUGUACACGUCAAUCACCCUACGACCGAUAACGCUGGUUCUAAAUAUUGUAUCCAUUACAGAAAAAUAUAUCGGGAAUUAUGUCGGAGCUAUAAGCGUGUAUAUCACAGAUUUAGAUACAAGGUAACUGCUCUAUAUACAGGGUUAUUCAUUAAGCAUGCAUACCCCAUUUGUAUGAGUAAAUUAUGCAUUUAUGUAAAUUCUGAUUUUGGAAAUUUUUAAGUACAGUUAAAGAUGAUAUUUUCGUAUAUUUUUUCAUGACAUUAUUUUAGAAGUAUCCUGUUGGUGUUAUCAACUUUGGUUUUUCAAAUGAGAAUCUUUAUUACAAAUUCCAUAAAUAUAUAUGGUGUAGUUAAAUUAAAAUACAUUUUGGUGUUUAAAUUGUAGGCAGGGUAGAGUAGUGGAGCAUUAUUCAAACACCGGGCUCUGAUCUGUACAUAAAUAAUACUCCAUUAAUCUCCUUUUGCUUAAACUUAAAAGUACAACAUCUCGUAAAAGAGUUGAUGGAAAUCAAAAAUGUCAACACCUAAAUAUAUUUUAACUUUUACUCAAUCUAUUUAUGUAAUUUUUAAUAUAGGUUUUUGUUUGGAAAACUAAAAUUGAUUUCGCCACACGAUAUAACACUUGAAUGUUUUAAAAAGUUUUAGUAUUCGAAAAUAUCGUCCUUAACUACACUUAAAAAUUUCAAAAAUUAGAAUUUGAAAAUAACGUCACUUCCAUGGCAAAACCGCGUAACUCGAAAUUUUGAUUUUUUUUUUUUUUUUUGAGAAAUCAUUGCUGUGAAUCUUGACACAUAUUUUAUAAACGUUUUUUGGAAUAAAUAAUCUUUUGUUUUGCUCGUAAUAAUAGAGUACUCCAAAAACACCUAUCUAGAAAUGAUAAAACAAUCAUUACAGUUUUUUCUUCCUCCUGUAAAAUUUCGAAAAAGCGAGUUACGUAGUUUUGCCAUGGAAGUGACGAUAAUAUGCAUAAUUUACUCUUAAAAUUGAAUGAGUAUACUAAAUAUAUCACCUGUAUACUGUUUAUAUAUUAUAUUUUUUGCUUGAAGGAUAACGGUCGCCAUUUUUUUUAUUUUGUGGAUGUUAUCAUCUAGAUUACUGUUAUGUCUGUUAUCUUAACAUUUAUAUCAAGACUCACAUGGUUUCUAUAAUGUUUUAAUACAGACGUAACUACAGUUAUCAUAACAUACACGUGGAUGAUAAUAAUUAAAUAAAAUUAAAUGGCGGAUUGAAAACUUUACGCACUAUCACCAAUUAGCAAUCUAGUUUAUUAUUAUUUAUAACUGUAUCUGUGGUGUGUGCCAAUGAUAAAAAGACUAGGUAUAAUAAUAUGCGCUAUGGAAAAAUCAACUGGUUGCACGCGGUUUAAUUAAUUUAAAUGUUCGUCAGAUGGGUAAAUACGAUAAUAGCGAGUAAACAACAAUAAACAACUUCUUUCAGGUACUUCUACAACUAUACUCGUGUGUUGGUAUAUAUAGAUACUUGCUCGUACCUUCUCAUAAACUACGUUUAUGUUUGCAAUAUAAUUAGAAAGUGCACGCGAGCGAAAGUCUAUAAACGUUUAUAAGCAAUAAUCAUCGUUUAUUUGUUUAAAUAUAUAUAAAUAAUUAUUGAUUUAGAACUCGCGAUUCGUGUUCGAUAAAUUAAGAUACCUAAUGUUUACCAUACUAGGGACGGCAUAUGGGUACUCGUUUUAAAAAGGAACAAUUUAAUUAAAUUACUAUUAUUAUUUUCAAUCAAAAAGGAGGCGAAUAUUUGAAAUUGAAUAAUGUAAUUUGCGAAAAAAAAAAGACAUACUUAAUCUAAUCAUGCUGCAAAUAUGUUAUCCUAUUAUUGUCAUUUGUUGUAGUUAUAAAAAAUACCACAAUACAAAAAAUUAUGUAUGUGAAGCGUUCUAAAUCUCCCAACAGUUAAAAUCUCGACACGGUUCAACAGUAUCGAAAUUUCGACAGAUAUUAUAACUGAAUUAAUUUCACACCCCUGCUUAAGAGUACUCGUUUAUAUUAUAUAGGGAUCUGGCCACUCUAGCAAAUACCUCUAUAUAAGAAUACGUCAAACAUUCAACAAAAUUUUAGAGAGAUUCUUAUCAGCGGACCUUGUUGAGAUUUUGACCUGAGGUUAGAUUAGGUUAGGACCUUAAAUCUAAUAUGAGUAAUAUAUUAAUACAUUAUUGGGUUGUUAAAUUGUAUUAUUACUCGUAUAUUAUUAUUGUAUUUUCAACGAUUCAAACAAAUAAAAAUAAACGCACUUACGUUAUUAAAAAAAAAAAACGAGCUAGGAAAUAGUUUGGCAGGCAUAUUCGAUUUUUCCAAUUUCUUUUUUGAUAUCAUUAUUUUUACGAUUAGAAACUGCAACAGUAUCUAUUAUAUAAAAUGGUUUUGUAUAUUGUAUCAAAGUACACCUAUUGACUAUGCAUGAUUAAUGAAUACGCCAGAUCUUAAUAAUAUAUGUAAUAAACUUUUAUUUUUAAUUUUAUUAUUUUAUUAAUUUGCAAAUCGAGAGAAAUCUACUUUUACAGACGUGUAUAAAUUAUUUAUACACAUAGCAGCAAUACGUUUUGCUUUUAUAAAAGAUAAGUAGGUAUAAGUAUAGGUUAAUAUUAUAAAAAAAUGUUUAUUAUUAUCAAUCUUUGUUUUUUUUUUUUAAACUAAAUUUUGAAUUUUACACUCGCGUCUCAUACUGAUAUGAGCGUAAACGUAUACAGCGUGUGUCAGAAAUGGAAAAACUCGUUUUUAUUUUCACGUUUUUUCUUAAUGCGUUAAAUACGGUAUUCUUUUGUAUAUAUAUAUAUAGAAUUUUUUAAAAGUACUAUGGACAGUUUCAAAAACGUUGAUAUGGUUUUUACAAUUAAUAAAUCAUUAAUUCUUAUUUGUAUAUUACCUAUAUAUAGGUAACCGGUACUUUUUUUUACUUUGAAAAUAUUAACAAUAAUAUUAGAUUAUUAUUCAAAAAACGGUGUUUUAAUAUAAAAGUAUAGAAAAUACAUAAAGUAUGUGUGUUAAAAAUACGUAUUCUAUUUUUUGUUACACUGUAUAGCAGUUCGUGAAAUUCGUUUAAUAUUUCAGUCGAGUUAAUACUUGUGUAACCAGUUGUGCAUUUUUUUUCUCGAUUUGUCAAUGAAUAUCUUUCAAAAAAAACGUAAAAUCUACAAUAUCGUAGUUCGAAAAUGAGGCGGUUAUUUAAAAACUAACAAUACAAACGGAACUUUUCCAAACUGUAUGAACAUAGCGUAUUUUUCGUUAUUAAAUUAAUUAUUUACUUAGGUUUUUUUCAUAUUUGUUUAUAAUAUUAUAUAUUGUCUUAUACACGAUUGCCAAAUAUAGUUUUCUUUAGUGUGACUUAUAUUAUUAUUUUUACCGAUCCUGGCGAUGUUCGCGUAUGUUCAGGCCGAAUCUUUUUCUGUUGGAAUAUACGUACAUAUAUAUUUAUAUGACUUUAAUUCCCGAGCAACAGGGUGAUUUAUAAGGUCAGCGUAAAGAUAAAAAAAAGAGGAGGGGAUGGGUCGGUUUUAUUUCUGGCCACUGGUGUACGUACAUACAAAUGUACAACUGUACAAGAUUCUUCUAAUUAUAAUAUACGCUACCGUUUAAAUUUAUGCGCCUUGCUGCCUGCUAUACUUACUGUGUUGUGUGAAACUUUCGAUUUUUUUUUUAUAUAAAUUGUGCAUUACGCCCCAAUUACAGGAAAACCGGAGGUGUUGCAUACGGUUAACAUAUAAAAAUCAUUGUUACGUUUGCAUACGGUUAACAUAUAAAAAUCAUUGUUACGUUUGCAUACGGUUUUCGUAUUUUUCUGUUUUGCGAAAAUGAAAAUGACUCACUGUAAUAUAGGUAGAUAAAAAAUAGCCGAUAAUGCUGAUGGGUAUGCCAUAGUUACUUUUAGAAGGGAGUGUACUGUAAAUAGAUUUAUAGUUAUUGAAUUCAUAUAUAUAUACGCAACGAUUAACCAUGGUCAAUGAAAAACAAUUAUGAAUUGAGUAUUAUAAUAUUAGUCGUAUUUUUUCUCUUGUUGCCAAAGAACCAAGAAAUUAACCAUUAUAUUACAAUUAUACAAAAAAUUGACAGUUUUUCCCAUUUAUAGAAAAUGAAGAACUAACCUUUUCAACAUACCAACAAAAUUAAAACAAAUUCUACAAGAAAGUUCCUAUAAAGUUUUCGAUUGAAGCAAGAUUUCUGGUAGAAAAGUUGUUAACAAAAAAUUUAAAAACAAAAAAAAAAAAACAUAUCAUAGUGAAGUGCAAUAAAUUCGUCGCGUUGUUCAAAAUCUAAAAUGUAGCUAUUUAAUUUUGAAUGAUUUUGAAUUUUAAUUAGAUAUGAUUAAAUUCAUCGUGUUUUUGUCGUGUUAUCAACGGUACAACAUUCAAAGUACGGGAUAUUGUUUGAAUAGGUUAAUAUGUAUACAGUUAGUAUAGGCUAUAGUCACUUACCUAUUGUUAAUUAGUUAUUAAUUAUUAUUUCAUUUAGUACCCACUUAAUUAUAUACCUAUAAUAAUCUUAUAUACGUAAUGAAAUUAUCGAAAUCUUCUAAAAACAUUAUAAUAUGACGGUUUUAGUUACGUUGAUUAGUUGAUUUCGUUUAACUACGAACAUUUAAAAAAAAAUACAACAAAACAGUAUAUUAUAUGACAUACGGGCGAUCGUUGUACUGCACAUUUAUACACUUUUCACUGUUAACUACGUUUACAAUAACAGGCCGCGUAUUAUUGUAAGAUAUUAUUGAAUGUUUCGUAAAAUGGGUUUUCUACAACGUCUAUCGACAUGACUAUACGGUCGUUGUGUCAGUAUUGAUUUUUCGGUUCAUAAAAAUAAUAGUUUAAAUAACACACUCAUCGUCGCUAUUGUAUUAUAAUAAUAUACACGUGCGAGCGAAGGAUUUGUCAGUUUUGUCGCGAGUAUUAAUACAGAGACGAAACGCACAAAAUCGCGAUUUCCGAACCAAUACGCGUAAAAUAAUGCUACAAUAUUAUUAAUGUACUCGAGCGUAUUCAUUAUUAUUGUUCGAUGAAAACACACAACGCGAGCGGCCGUUUUGUACAAUAAAAUUACUAUAAUACAAGGCGUUUUACUCGUCGUGUCGUGUAGUGCGGUUUUUUUUUUUUUUUUCGAAAACCGUACCUCCCCGAAUCGUAUGUAUUAUGUAUAGGUUAGGUGUACACAUUGUCAAAAAAAAAAAUAUUUCUUGACGCAUAAUUUGCAGAUCACGACGACGACGUGUCCCGGACAAAAGACGGGCGACGGUUGGUGCCGCGGGGCGAGCAGUCGAACCGGUGCUGUUGUUGCUGCCCCGUCGACUCGGCUGCGGGUUUUUAAACGUAUCCCGUCGAGUCAACGAACCGCGUCGCACGGUCUUUCCCCCCGCCCCUCCUCACCUCCCUGAGACAACGAUCGUAACGUAUUUUUUUCCCCCUCGUACCCCGUUAUUAUUAUUAUUAUUAUUAUUUUUUUUUCCGGGGGAUUAUUCUGCAAACGUGCGGUGUAAUGUAGAUAUUAUUAUUAUUAUAGGUGGGUACACCUAUUACUAAACGUGUCACCGACAACGUAAAUCUUAAGGGGAAAAAAAAUUAAAUGUCUGCACUUUCGAUUUUUUUUUUUUCUGUUGUUUUCGAAAAAAAUAUCUACAAUAAUAAUAUUAUCGAUUUCACCUAAAACCUCGGCUUUAUUAUCUCACGGAACGUUUUACAAAAGUCUAUCGGCUAUCUUUACUCAUCCUUGACGAAGCCUGUACGUUUUAACUCUCCCGUGUUCGGAGAAACUCCAUUCGGCAGAGGCAACGAUUAUAAUAAUUGUAAUAUAUAGUGCCGCAAAGUUGCCAAUACACGGGUAUUGUAAUUUUUAUAAAAAAUAACUGUCAGAAACAUAUUUUGAUAUCUUCAUAUACGAUUAGAAAAUUGUAGGUGGACAAUUUAUAUACAUGUCAAGUUAUAAUAUGAAUAUUUAAAAAGAAAGUUAAUAUAAUAUAACAGUUGGUAGAUUUAUAUACAUAUAUACAUGCGUGUUUAUUACUGUGUAAAUAGAAUACAAUUAUAAUAUAUGAUUUGAAUCUAUUAAAAUAUCUUCAAUACUUCGACUUCCGCUCAGAAUCGUGUUUCGUUCGCAAUGAUUUAUCGCCGUAUUCGGAAUUUAAAUUAAAUCGUUUUAUGUAUGUAUCAUCAUUAUAGCCUAUACUUAUUUCCGAUCACAGCAGACCUGAUGAACGGAAUCAAUCGUUUUUUUUUUUUUUUAUUUUGUUGUUACUCGGUCCCCGAUCUUUAUGUUAUUUGUCCUAAAAUUUCGUAUACAUAGCAUAAUACCCCGUGCUCUUUUUCGCCGGCUCGUGUGUGUUAAUUAUCGGUCGAUUUUCAGGAUCUGCCCGGUUUUUUGUUCCUUUUUCGAGUAGGUGAUGCCCGUGUAUUAUUAUCUGUGAUUUUUUUUUAUUUUCUAGGAAAAAACGGAGUCUCGGAACCGCUCGUAUACCUACUAACCUAUACAUGACGACGCGCAGCGAAUCACUAUUAUACCUAUUUAGUUUGUUUUAUUUUAUUUUUCUCGUGUUUUUCGUUUUGUUACGAUUCUCGGGAAAUAUUUUGAAAACGCGGCCCUUUUUCCAUUGUGUGUGUGAGCGCUCGCGAGAGCGAUAAUAUGCGCGCGUUGCCAUAAUAACAUUGUGUACGGCAGGAAGCCAUACGGCUGCGGCGACGUAUAGGUUAUGAUAUUUUUUUUACGUUUGUAUCUUGUCAGGUGCGAGGUAUAGACGGUGACGUAAUUCCGCCGUCGUCGGCGCGCGCAAAAUCUACCGGCCCGUGCGGUUUCCCUUCCUGUCGACAACGACGACGACGACGACGACCAGUCGCGACGUCACGGUGGCGAGGGAAUCGGAAGACUUAUACGUGUGCCGAUAGUUAACCCGACCGACGACUUCGACGACGGUGCCAACAACAGCGUAAUAAUAAAUAAUAAUAACAAUAUUGUGUGUGUGUGUGUGUAUUGGUCCGACGUGUUGGGCACGACUGAAUAUUAUCCAAACGCCGUUCAAUUAUUAUUCGGUUAUACGGGAAAAACUGUUGUUCGCGAUGUUAUUAUUAUCGUCCUGUAUCUCGACGGGCAAAAUCAUAGACAAUAACGAAUGGAUUGGCUAUUAGUCUAUAGUCUCAGCGUAAUAUGCUGCCUCGUUCCUAUUGAGCAGAAUAUAAUAUUAUCUCUGUGUCACAAAGCUGCCAUUUACCGCGAUGGUUACUGCGGUUAAUUGUUUGGUUAAUAAUUUUUAUCAUCAUCACUAAUGCGAUAAUAUUAUAAUUAUUUCGUUUAUAACUUUUUUAAUUUUACAAUGGUUCAUCGUCCGCGUUAUUCGCAAGUCAGUAAUAGGUGACAUGGCUUUGUGAUUCCAUUUGUAAGUAUCGUGAAAUAAAAAAAAAGGCAUCUAAGGACAACGUUUUCGGGAACGUGUGAUUAGGCAACAUGGCUUAUCUAUUCUUUAUUAUCGAUGUGUAAAAUCGAACGCCGGAUCUCAUCCGAAAUGUAAUCGGCGACGUACGAAACGAGACCCGGCAAAUAAUAAUAAUAAUAUUAUUAUUGUCGUGAGAUUGAACACCGAUUAAUUUCCGAAGACACCCCGCUGUUCAUAACGAAAAUGAAUAAUUAUCGUAAAAUACAUCGUGUCGCGUGUAAUAUGAAUAAUUGUAUUAUUUUAAAACGGUAAAUUCUAAAAAGUCCGAUAAUAUUGCCGUUUCCGAUUACCGUACAAAGGUCCUAAAAAACGGUCAUAGGCCGUUUAUGGAAAAAAGCAAAAAUAUAGUCUGUGGUUUUUAGCAAGAAGAGACUAUAAUAAUAAAAUAUGUAAUUUCUCGAAUAGCCUGUAUACGACAUAAUAACAUAAUGUUACACAUGUCGGUGUUUUCCCUAUAUUUUUAAAAGCACAGACCAUGAAUUUUUUAAAACGAUUUGCUUUACUUUUAUCUUAGGUCUCGGGAAAGAAGGGCUUAAGUUCUCGUAUUUUUUUGUUGAUAAUAUAAUAUUGUCUUAUGUAAUUUAUUCUCUUUUGUUUUUCGGCGAUUCAAAUAUUUUAAAUCAUUAUUGUUUCUCUAUAUACACAUUGUGCGACAAACAAAACAAAAAUCAUAAGUAAUAUUUACUGUGCAGUAAUAAAACCGAUAUUGUCGAAAUUAUAUAUUUGCUCGUAUUGAAAACUGUCCAAAAUCGACUUGAGCUUUUCUUUUAAAAAUUCGCCGAACAAGACUUGAUUUAGGGGGGGCUUAGGAGCCUAUAGCCUCGGGCCGCAAAUUGAAGGAGGCCACACAAUGUGUUUUUUGUUGAUGACCAUUUUUUUUUUUCUAACAGCCGUGCUGCUGGCAUUCGGACCGUCGCGUACCGUCGUCGAUUAUGUGAUUUUUAAAAAUGUUUUUCACCAUAUUCCGAUUCACAAUAUCGAGUAAUUCACCAGCAACUCCACAAUACUCUGGCGGCGUGCGUGCGCUUUUUUUUUUUUUGUCGCUAGUGUAUCAGUUUGGGUAUAGUGUGGUGAGACUUACAUAACGGUACACAUUUCAACGAUGGCAUCUGUGUACUUUUUUUUUUUAACGCGUUAUUGUUAUUUCGUCUAGGAUUUUUAUUUUGCUCGCAAUUAUAUACACGAAAAAUAGAUAGAAUAAUAAAUAAUCGCGUAUGAACGCGGUGGCAAUAAAUUAAAAAAAAUAUCGUCUUUCUCGGUCAACUAUCUCCGUAUACCGAUAUUUACGAUAAUAUUUACGAUAUUACUCGCUAUACUAUAUCGUAUACCAUUAUUAUAGGUUUCGUAUGCGCAACGUUAUUUCACUGAUACCGUAAAAACAAAUAUAAUAAUUAUAAUAUGGCGAUUUUAUUGUUUGUUACGUCCGUUUAAUUGACUUCGAUUGACUUCUGCGUUUAGUUAUACUCUAUUAUUCGGUUUAUAUUAACUUUUGAAAUACUUAAUACGUUUUUACUGCCGAAUCUUUAGACCCAUUACAAUUAAUCAGUGUACCAUUAUAGAUGUAUAAAACAGACAGUCGGUUGUAUUGUAUCAUAAGUGAUAGUAUGCGCAGUUGGGCGGCCAUCAUAUUAUUAAGUAUCUGACUGUUAUAAUAAUUGUUUUACGAUCCGCCUAAGCAGCAUAGAAAUACUGUUGUAAGAAGUGUGGUUUAAUUCUUCAAAUCCGAUUUCUAUUGUAUACAAAUAUAUCCAAUAUCUAAUUGAUUUUAUUUGCGUGUAGUUGUUUUAUAAGUAAUUAUUACCUAAAUAACGUUUAUUCUGAUCGGUAGUUUUUUUAAAAAAAAAAAAAAAAAAAAAAAAAGCCCGUUACUUAGUGGCACAUCCAGUGUUGUUUUUGGAGAAAAGUCAGAUGGGAAGUUAUGUAGAAAAAUGUAAUUUAUAUCGUUACGCAACGAUAAACGGUUGUUAACGGAAAACGAUUUUAAGCAGAAUAUUAUUAGUCGUAUAUAUAUAAACGCUAUUGUACGUAAAACGUCGUUUAUAGACACGAAAACAGACACAUACUAUAAUAGAAAAACCGAUAUGUUCCUCGCUUCCCUCAGAAUCUAAAAUAUUGCGCAACGGGGUUUGUUUUUUCGACUAUAUUUUAUAUAAUAUUAUAUGGGUAUUAGUCUUGACGAAGCAUCCGGGUGAACGUUGUCGUUGCAGAUUGUCAAUUUUUUAAUACCGAUACGAUAAUUAUUCCACGGUGUGAAUAGUUUAAAAGCGUGUUUUAAAAUAAUAUUCACCCCAAUCGCGCUAUGGGUAUUAUGGCGUCGUCGAUUACCGUUUUAUUCGCAAUACUGCAACAGGGUUUUUAUAUACGCGUGUAAACUGGUUGCACCGUGUGUCUUUUUAUGUCCCCCAUUUAUGUAUGUUCCGUGUCUGUUUCUUCUCUUUCUCGCUCUCUCAAAUCCUCCUUUCCCCCGAGUUAAAGCCGUCAUCGCAUUAUAUUAUGUACCUGGGUGUUUCGCACAGUCGCCCGCCGACCGCGUACAUUUAGUCUCUUCUGGGGCCUCGUUACUUCGGCGUCGUCGUUGCGUGUUGUAUUUUAUUUUAUUUUUUUUACUUUUGAUUCCCGAUCGUUUUUAACCGCCGUCAACAACGUUUUCCGAGUCCAUGGGUCUCACAAUCACGGUGAGUAAAUAAUAUAUAAUACACUGUUCGUUUUAAACGAAGAAAAUUCUGGUAUCCGUUUCAGCACUUAUAUAUUCCCCGUUUGUGCUUGGUCCAUUUCAAUCGUAUACGCGUACGGAAAUGUCAUAAUCAUAUCAUGUUGCUCUUGUGGUUAGGAUAUCGAUACAUAAAAUGAAAAGUCGAUGAUGUCUUAUAGUGAAUUUUACACGGCGUCUGUAUGAACCAUGGUGGUCGGAUUCGAAACCGAUGAUUAUAGGACAAAUUUUUUGCGUUUUUUUUUCUUUAAAAUUUUUCUCCCGUGACCGGUUUCAUAUAAUAAAAUCAAGGGUUAUUUUUGAUUAAGUUCAUUAGGACAUGAGCUCAUGAAACCCCAAGACGAAACAAUUAUUUUACAUUGAUACUAGUAACACAAUACGCGCGCGCACACGAUAAAAAACACAAGCGUGGGAAAUUUGAAUCGACCAACCAGAAUCAUCGAGCCAGUGUCGAAACGGAUUACAGAAUGCAAAAUAUAGGCUGCAUCCGAGUUCCGUCCUUUUUUGAAUUUUCCAUGCUAUAAUAAUAUAGUAUAAAAUGUACGACUACGAUAAUAAUUUUAUAUUAUUUAAAAAUAAAGAUAAUUUUAUUUAACUUUUAAACUUUCUAGUCAUUAUUUGUGCAUCUGCGAGUCUGAAUUUAUUUAUUUUUUUUUGUAUUUAUAGUAUUGUAAUUUAGUUAACUUUUUUUUUACCUGGGACGGAAUAUAGGUACAUCAACUUUUUUUACUCGCGGGAUGGAAUUGGUGUAUAAUUUGUUUGCAUCCAGGACGAAAUUGAUAUAAAAAAAGGUUAUUGGGACGGAACUUAGAUACGGCCAAAAUAUAAUAUGCUGUCCGUAUUUUUGAGCUGUAGGUAAAUAUCAUGUGGAAUUCGGGUAUAAUAUUAGAGUAAUAUCGUGUUUAUGCGCAGGAUAAUGAUAAAAAUAUUCGGUUAGGUGCUCGUAUAUAAUACACAACACUAUGUGGAGUACGACACACGAACUACACAUAUAAAUGUCCUGUGCAUGGUCUGCUGUCAUCAAUUAGUAACAAUUCCACCGUCGGGUCACGUGCCUUUUCCGACCACGACGACGACGGGUUAAUAUUAUUCUCUUCGAUUAACCGUAAUUGACCACACCCGGACCGGACCUCUGCGGCUAUAAUAUAGCUGAUAUAUUGCGAUGGCGGGGAAGUAGGAGAAUCUUUAAUACCAAUGUGACCAUUGUGCGUACGUGCGCUGGUAUUCGCGUCUAUUCCGUCGGUGUGUAUAUACCGCGUAUAUAGAUUUAAUACAUAAAGCCUUGGGUGGCGUUUUAGUAGGUUAGAUGGAGAUUUCGAUUCGGUUUCAAAUGCAAAACUGCACACCUCUCUCUUAAAUAAUAUUCUUUCGUCUUGGAUGAUUCAAUUAUCGUUAUUAUAUUCCGUCAAACGGCUUGCCGCGUACAUACGCUUAUAAUAUCAUUGCUACGGUUUCACGAUAUGACAUUGAAACGUUUUUGAGAUUUAUCGUUCAAUUACGAUCAAUUAUUACGUACACUGGUACAAUGAACCGACACACGGACACUGCUGCCAUCGACUGAACAACGAAUAUACGAUUAAUUAGUCGGUAAACUAUAUAGUGCGUUCGUUUAAUACGUUGUGUACAAUUUUCGUUUUAACCCAAGUAAAAUCCGCAUUAAAUAUUUUGACCCGUUAAGUAUAAAGCGAUUAUUUCUUCUAUUUAAUUUUAUUCCGACUGUAGGGUCAUUCCAACUAAUCCCACUACCUCCAUUAAUCUAUCCAUCGCUAAAAUCGUCUGAUUUGGUCCAUCCCCUAAAGCUUCAACGUCCUUUUUUUUCUAUGUCUUCCCACUUCAUCAUCGGUCUUCCCCGAAGUCUUUUGCCUAAUGGGUUCUGUUUCAGCACUGCCCGCAAUAGUGGGCCAUCGACAUGCAUGUCUAUUUCUAUAGUCUAGGAUGAACCAUCUCAGUUUACCUUAGUUUUUUUGAUGACCUUUAAUAUAAUGCUGUUUUAUCCAAACAUUAUCUGUAACUCUUUGUUUAUCCUUCGUCACUACUCUUCGGUUAAUAAUAUAAUUAUUAUAUUUCGUUAGUUGUUGUUCUUGAUAAUUAUAGAACCAACUUAAGUGACGAACAUUUAUACCAACGUUAUUGAUUGGAACAACAAAGUUUGUUACAUAAUAUCAAGAAAUUUCAAAAGACAAACAAUUCCAAACUUCUCAUUAAGUAAAUUACCGUAAAAAAGAGUAGAGGCCCCUGGUAUAAUAUGUUAUCUGUUAUCGCAAUGUUCCGAAAUAUUAUUUUUCUAGUAAUUGACAUUCGUUUUCGUUUGUUUUUCUCUGUACCAUGUGUGUGGAAUUUUAAACCGAUUUUUAACCGGUGUCACACUGGUGAUCAUACUGAAAUACAACAAUGUGUAUUAUAUUUUUAGUGUUCAAAACAUAUUAUUAAGUCCGGAGGCCAAGUAUUGUGGUGUCACUACAACAAUAAUAAUAGAAGCCAGGUAAUAAUAAUUGGUUGUUUAUCGUGUUCUGUAGCGCAGCAAUUGCUUUUAUUGUUAUUUUAACAGAUUAUAUGGAUGAAUAAAAUAAUAUUAUGUACAUAUUAUUCAUGCUGAUCGUGACGUUGAUAAUUGUUAUUAUUAUCGUAGCAAAUAGCGAAUUGUAUGUUGGUACCAUAAUAUUAACUAACAACUAUAAAAUCAUUGAUUAUAUUAUUAAAAAUUAUCCGUCUUGGAAACAACAAAUAUAAUUAGUAAUUAUGUGUGUAUUAUUUAUUCGUGUAAUUAACCUAAUUUCGCUUUAUAAAAGAUAUUAUCAUUUACUGUUAUUAAAGAAAUCAAAAUGGAUAAUACUUCUCGAAAUAAUUCGAUAAUGGUUAUACAAUAAUUAAUAUUACGGAACAUUCUGUCGAAUUAAAUAACCUUUAUUAUAUUAAUUUACGUGCAUGCAUUCGUUUUUAAUGUUUUUUUUUUUUUUGAACGAGAUAGGUAAUUAAUUAUACAUUUUUAAAUGUAAAAAUUCUAUACAAUACAUAAUGUUAUUAUUGGACGAUUUUUACCUCAAACGUAUAUUAUUGAAUGAAUUAGCCAAAAAAAUAAUAUUAACCUUGAACCUUCGGACUCCUAUGGUUUGUAUUAUUUUUGAUGGUGAUUAGGUAACUAAAUAAAACUAUUAGAAACGAAAAAACAACCCGUAAACAAAUUAUUGUUGUAUUUAUUCGCUAUUCGAAUAAUAAUUAUAACGAUAAAAUGAUGAUUCUAUUUUAAGGUUUCACCUAAUUACGUCAUUGUGAUUUAUAAGAAAAUGCGCGUUGUAAAACAACUUGAAACUAUACAGUUGUUAGAUGACAUGAAUUUGAGUAUCAUCAAAUAUUGUAAUAAUACAUAGUGUAUGUAUAUUGUAUACUAAGAUAGGUAAUCCACGUGUACGUCGUAAUCAACGUAAAUUGCACACGAAUGUGAACUAGAAUAAAUAUUUGAAAUUUGAAUGGAAACGUUCGCACAAUUGCACGUGAAAACAUACUAGUAAGAUGUAAAAAAUGGUUACAUAAUACAUUAUUUCACUGUAAUGAACGCAUAAAUUUAAUUACUCCGUGUCCAAAUAGUAUUUAAAAUUUAAAUAAUUAAUAAUAAUAAGAAUAUUAAUUCGAUAACUCGUAUUAGUGAAUCAUCGUCAAAUUAUUAUUAUAAAUAUUCAUUGUUUCGAAAUCCCAUUAGGUUUAAGAAUUUUCCUAUUAAUUUCAAAUUAUACAUAACGACGAACUCAGUUUUGAAUAUUUGAUUUUGCUUUUUCAAUUAAUAUUCUGAGCAAAGGUAUUGGUUUAACUAUGUAAUAACAACCAUAGAUAUAUAUAUAUAUAUAACAACUUUUCAAUCAGAAAUCUUGCUUUGAUCAAAAUCAUUAUAGGAACUUUUUUGUAGUUUUUUGAUCUAGUUGGCGCAUUUGGGUCAAUUUUUGAUUUGCUUAACAAAUGGGAAAAAAAAACUGACAGUUUUUUGCUUAAUUUCUGGGUUAUUUUGGCAAUAAGGGAAAAAUAAUACGACUGAUAAAACUCCGCUCAGAAUCGCUUUUCGAUAGCAAUAGUUUUUUCAAUAGUACUUUUUAAAUUUGAGCUACAUUUUUUUUUAUAGUAUUCCUACAGUGCUUUUUCAUUUUAAGUUUUUCCACGAAAUCUCUCGGGUUUGUUGUAGAGUAUUGGCCGCAAAACACGCAUUGUGGCCGACGUGGUUUACACAUUCGCUCGACUCGAGUGCGAUAAAAGCGUUAUUAUUUUUCGUUUCCGUCAUACGCGUAAGUCGUGUUCCGUUCGCGAAUAUUAUAAAAAAAAUUAUUGUUAUAUUUGUCGGGCGUUAAUGACUAUCUCGUCGUCGUCGGCGACGGUAUGUGCAGUUCACUUGCGGCGGCGGCGACGACGACGACGACGACGACGUACAUAAAACACGGACGGGGCGGCGGAGAAUGAGCUAGCGGGCGGUGGCGGGCGGGCGGUCUCAGUCGCGUAUGGCGCGCUCGUGGAAGUGGUUUUUUUCUAUGGUGCGGCGGCAAAGGCGUACCGCGCGAUCGAGGGACCGAGGGGCACCGCCGCGGCUCGCGUGCUCAUCAGUCAGCGAGUUAUCGUCACUGCCGAACGCCCGCCGCUGCCAACGCCGCGCGUUAUCGUCGCCGCGAUACUCAUCUUCUCGAGUUACGUACCGUUUGAACCGCCGCCGAAACAUUUUAGCGUGAUGUUUAAAUAGUUUUUCCCUGCCGAAUUUUUCGUAACUCGAGUUCGAUUUUUUUUUUUUUUUACGUGUACUCGGUGGUUUUACUUAUAAUUUUGUGCGAACCGUCGUCGUCGUUUGCGUGUGAAUUAUCGAUUGAUACACAACGAUCGCGAAUCUCGUCAGGUAAUCACGAUUUUUUAACCUGGUUAAAAAAAAAAAAAUCUAUGUCAAACGGUUUAUAAUUUGUCGGUUAUUUUUCGACGAAAAAUUUCCCUCCGAUUUUUAAUACUACAGGUAUAUUAUCGAAUAGAAAACGAGUAAUAGUUUUCCUUUUCUGUAUAAUAUAAUAUAUAUAGGUAGUUAGAUAAUAAAUAUAAAUUCACGAUUUCAACCGUGAAUUUUGUGCGUUUUUUUUAAGUGUUCUGCUUAUAACAAUAUUAUUUUACCCUUAAUAUUACGUACGUAAACAUAUAUACUGCGAUGGAAUUGUACCUAAACUCUGGAAAACGCAUUCUUAUAAUAGUUAGGUACAUAUAUGUACAUGUGUAUUUGUUAUUCGCAUUGUUUAUAUAAUGCAUUUUACGUGUAUUUUAUGUAUAAACGUUGUAGGUUGUGACAACUAAUGGUUCUAAUCGUGUUAUCAUUUUUGUACAUUAUUCUCUAUUAUGGUGGUUUUACACGCAUCGAUUUAGACGUCUCUCUAUAAUAGAACAGCAGGUCGUUUAGUGGUGCGGCGUCUAAUGUCUCAUAAAACAAUACAAUGUCGAAUGCGAUGUCUUACGAGGUCCUCAUAAAAGACAAAUGGAAACUGGUAGACGGCGACGACGACAACGACGUGGUCUCGGAAUGUCACACGUUGAUUUAGUAUCUUUUUUUAAAUAGUAUUUGUCGUUUUUUUAUGCCGUGUUAUUCUUCUUUUUCGGUAGUUUAAAAUUCGCUGUAUUGUGAAGGGACGAGUAGUCAAUUUUCUCGGACUUCAAUUCCUAUUACAAUCUACUGCAUUUGGUUUUAUAUUGUGAAAUUCGCAGUAUUUUCCUAUAGGUAUUACGAUGUCGUUUAAAAAGAUUCAAUUAUUUUACUACAAGAUGGGAUAAACCUACUUAAUUGUAGUCUAUGUAUAGUAUAAUUUUGAAAUUUCAAGAUAAUUGAUACUAAUUAAGAAGUAUGUAUUAUUAUACUUCAGCGAGUAGACACAUGUGUAUUGUGUACAAUUUUAAACCAUUUCGCACAAGAAUUCAACAAAUUUAAUCAAUUUCAAUAGGAUAUUAUAUGUACCUAACUUAUACGAUUUCUGAGCGAUGUAUUGGUUAUACUAUUCUACAUUUUUUUACUUUAUCUAAUUGGUGCAUUGUGUUGGUCAUUUUUGGAUUUCUUCUUGAUAAAUGUGAAAACUGAAAAAUUUCCGUUUAAUUUUUGUUGAUUUCCUGGUUACUUUGGCAGCAACAAGAGGAAUACACUCGGCUCAGAAUCAUCGUUCGUUAGAAACAGUUUAUCGAUGCGUACAGAUAUAAAUAAAUAAAUUACUCUAUAUUAUAAUAUAUCAACAUAUCAUCUCAUCAAACGUUUACAUUCCCCUCCUAAAACAGUGGCAAACUCAGUUCGCAGUAUCUGACUUUAUUUCACUAUAACUGUUUAUUUUCAUGUACACGGAUUGAUUACUAUAAAAAUAUAUUUUUGAAGUCAACGUGUAUAAUAAUAAUAAUAAUAAUAAUACAUGUGUAAAUUCUUGCUGCAGUUUUUAAAAUAUUAUAUGUGUACACGUGUUGAUGGUGAUUCGGUAGCAAGUUUCUCGCAGACACCUGAUCCGGAUACAGGUGUGUAGCUAUAUAGUAUGUAUAUGUAUAAUAUUUGCAUAUAUAAGAAUUAUUACGUCGUCAGCCGGUCAAGGGGCAAUUGCCGUUGCUGAAUCGUAAAAUCUAAUUUGAAAAUCUUAUACAGAUAUGCCUGUGUAUAUAGAAAGUGGUGCGCCGCACGAAAGCAAUAAAAUAUAUCGGACAAGUUUUUUUUUUUUAUUUAUUAAACUAUUUAAACAUAUGUGUGUUGAUCUGCAGAUAUUAUCAAAAAAAAAAAUAUAUAUAUAUAUAUAUUUAUACCUAUAGGUACAGCAAGUAUAAGCGAAUGUAACUCGUAGGUACUUAAAACAAAACCGAUUUUUUUUUUUGCGUUUGAAAAAAAAUGAAAUAAAAAUAAGCAAAACGUUAUUGUGUCGGUCACCGAUAUUCGGCUUUGAAAAAUAAUAUGUCUUCGAAAAAACAAAAACAAAACAAUUUUUAGAAAGUUAAACCUAUAGUUUAAUGUAUUGGUAUAUAAUUUUAAUUUAUUACGCCGGCCACUAUAUCUUUUUUUUUUUUUUUAAAUUAUUUAUUUCAUUGUUUAUUCUUCUUUAUUUUUAUUCAAAUUUCUCUGAAAUUAGAUUAUUGUACUGUAUUGUGUCUACUAUAAUAUAUACAUACAUAUUUUUCCCGAUACUUUUAGUGGCUCCCUCUGGAUUAAAUGGGCUUUUAAAAAAUUUUAAUUUUCAAUACCCAUCCAUACCGUCUGUUUGAAUGUUAAAAAUAAUGUCGAGAAUUACUUUACCUAUUUUGAUGAAACUUUUUUCGUUCGAUUUUUUUUCAUUACCGGAAAGUAAUUAUAUGAUACUUAACAUAUUUGGAAUUGGGGGAGUAAUAGACUGUGAUAUAGGUCACGGGAUGGGAAAUAUGCAUGCAGGUUAACGGAUGUCAAUGUGUUUAAAAAAUAAAAACAAAAUUGUAAAAAAAUGUAAUAAAACUCUGACAAUCGUAACUAUUUUAGUUGAUUAAUUUUAAAAUAAAUAUUUGGAAAAUUUAACCCUAGUAACGGAGCUUUGCUGCUCACAGGUGUUUUGCUUUCAGUUUUGCAACAUUAUAAAAUACUCCUUUAUUUUUAAUGAUACUUAUAUAUUUUAUUCUGUGCCAUCCAAUCAACAGGUGCAGAUGCAGUUCCGAAAUUAUAUAUUCACACCUGCAAAUGAUCGUGUCAAAAGAACAAAAAAAAACUCUUUAAUUAAUAAAUAAUAUAAAAUAAUUUUUAUAUAGGUACGUCAUUGCCGUGAUGGCCAUAACAAUUUAUCGACUUAUGGUAUAGAAUAUCAAUUUAAACGCAUUAUAGGUGGUUUCACCUCUAAAUACAAUAUAAUACUUGACUUGAAUUAAUAAUAGCAAAAAUGUGUCACUAAAUUAGAAGGUGUUAGUUUUUUGCAUAGUAAAGUAAUAAUAUAUUUGUUUUUAUAGUUAUAUAGUAUUAAAAAUAAAUAAAUUGUACCGCAUCAUAAACCGUAGAUAAAAAAAUUUGUGGUGUAGCCGUCAUAAUAAAACUAUAAAGAAAAUCUUUUUUAAAAAUACACGGAGUAUUUUUUUAGAACAUUUUAUUAGGUAUUUUUAAAAAGCGGUUUUUUAUAAUAUUAUUUCGUAAAGAUUUUUUGGCGUAUUUGAUUAUCCUAUACGCGUAAUAAUAAUAAUAAUAAUACUAUUUUUAAAAUAUAAGUGAUUAAUACAAGUAUAUUCUCCUAUAUAUUAUUAAUGCAAUUGUAAAUUACGAUGUGUAACAAAUUUAAAAACUUUAAUAAAUUACGAUCCGUUGAUUUUGAACAGCUUUUUAGCACAAAGUAUAGUUGUAUUAUUGGAUUCUGUCAGUUAAAUUUUAGAUUCUGAGCGAAGCUAUUAAGUAAUGCAUUUGUUUUAACAUGUGUUUUUUUCAUGUCGUUAAUAGUAUUUCUACUUUAAAAUUUUGAUUCAACCAAAAACUGUAUAAGAACAUUCUUGUAAUAUUUUUGAUCUGAUUGAUACUCAAAGAAGUAAUGUUUUGAUUUUCCUUGUAGUUUUUUUAAUAAAUGUGAAAUUUUUUACAUAAUUUUUGUUGAUUUAUCGUUGCAUAUAAAGAUGCUAAUUAAAUUACUUUAUGUGUCCUGCCCUUCCAAUUCGUCUUCCCAAAACAGUAGAGACACAGUAAAAGCCUUUUUCCAUUCGAUUAAAAGUAUUAUAUAUAUUUAGUAUUUAAAAUUUCGUGUCCGAAGAGAUUGAUUUUACCAUAUUAUCAUAUUAUCAUAUUAUCAUAUAAUAUGUAGAAAAACUAGACCGAUAAACAUUACACAAGAUCACGGUCGCCCGUAACCUACCCAUAGCAGAAGAAUCCGUGUUGCCGGUAAUUAGAUAUAUGUUUUAGGUGUACAUUAUAGCUGUAUACCUACGUUAAAAAAAAUGGUUGAAACCCGAUCCUUCCCGUAUACCCGCAGUAUAACAUUGGCAGGCAUCUAAAAAUAUCGAUUGCUUAAAUAUAGUGUCCGAUAUAAUAAUAAUAUGCCUGUGAUCAGACGUGUUUUUUCUCGCCCGACAAGAAUCGCAUUUACAAUAAAUUAACCUUGAAAUCGUUAACGUUAUUAGAAUAAAAUACCUACCGUUUUUUUUUUUUUUUUUAUCAAAAGAAGAAAAAAUCAUCCUGAAUUUCAAUUACAAAACAAUAAUAUAUGUCGCAGUUUUGUUUCGUUGAACUCUGGUGGGAACUACUCUUGUCUUCCUAGUGUUUUUUUUGCGAAAUUCGAGACCCGUGUGUUAUAUAUUAUUAUUUAUCAUAGAUUGUUUGUAGUACCUAUAGAACUAGUAGACUAUUGACAAUAAUUAUUGUUUUAAAAAUUUAAAUUUCCUUACAUGUUAUUUUAUGCAAUAUUUGCCCAACUGGUAUUCGUUUUAAAACAAUUGUUUUUGUGUAACACUUUUCGUUUUUAUAACUCGUAGUAUAGGUUUGGUAGGUACCUACGUGUAAUUUUGAUAUAAUAUUUUGCUGUAACGAACCGUGCAUUUUAUAUAAUAUGUUUCCAUGGGAUUUAGUUUUAAAUUAUCAUUUUUUUUCCCCUCGUAUACAUAAUAUUAUUAUUAUCGUUUGUACACACUUCCAGUGUACAUUAUCUAUAUAUGCGAUGGUGUAGAUUAGAAUUCGUAUUUUCGUGGGCAGUGUUUUGAAACCGAUUUCUAUCUCAUAUCGUCAUCAUAAUCAUUUAUUACACAAGCUGUGUUUUGUGUAUUCGAUUUUUAUACGCGCGUGAACUAUACCGACGACGACGUAUCCAUCAUAACAAAAUUUAAUUAAUUUUUCUCUUCUUUUGUAGUCACUUGUCAAAAAAUAACAUGUAUAAUUUUCAAUUUGUCGAAAAAUAACAUCCAGAUUGUGGCAACAACAAUCGGACAACGUUUAACAGUGGCAUGUCCAGUAAUUUUCAUCAGGAGGGUACGCAGUAAACAAUUAUAAUUAUGAUUCACGAACUAAUUGCAAAAUUUUCUUCUACAGUUACGGCUUACCCGACAAUGAGGAUUUAAAAGCCGAAUUCAAAAAAUUACAUUUUUAUUUAAUAAACGUGUUUCCUUGUAUUUUGGCUAAAAUAUAUAUUUUCAUAAUAAACUUACUGAAUAAACAAUCAUAUUUGAAGCAUUUUUAAACUAAUAGAGAGAUAUUAUCCCUUACACCCUCCUCCCCUUGCGCAUGCCACUGACGUUUAGUAAAAUAUCCGAGAAUCAGAAAUCAUAAAAUUAUUAAAAACUUGUAAAUUAUCUUAAAUCGUAUUUUUUUUCUAAUCGCGGAAAUUUUAUAUAAUAUUAUUAUAUCUAAUUUAACGAUGUUUGUGUAACCUUGAAUAGAUACCUAUAAUUCGACCUGGUUAGCUGUGGUUAUUAUUUUUUUGAAACUGUAGAAUUUCGUGCGUAUUACUUUUUUUAUUUUAUCUUAGUCGACAUCUUUUUUAGACCUAUAUAUUAUGUAAAAAAAAAUUAAAUAGUAAAAUAUAAUAUCAUCUUUGUGUAUUUCUCGUGUUCCCGGUAUUAGUUGAAUUGAGUUGUAAUGGGAUAGUCAUAUGUAGGUAUAACACAGUGUGAUCAACAUUACGCUAGACACUCUUGGAAAGUAUUAAUAUUUUUCAGCAUUUGUUUUUCGGAAAAUUUUAGAAAGCAGUAACUCUAAAAUUUUACUUCAUCAUUAUUUUUCGUCGCCUUAAUUUUUGAGGGACUACUAUAUUUGAUUUUUUGAAUUGCAACUUAUGCUAAAAAAUUCCCUAAACAGAUGCGUUGCGCUACUACACAAAUACACUAAUAAAUACAUAAUGCUCCACUUUUUGCUUCUACCCGUAAAACGACUAAGUUAAUAAUAAUGGAGUGUUUUGACAACGGGUUGACGGAAAUUAAGAAUGUCAACACCAUAAUGUAUUUAAACUAAAAUAUCAUCAUCUAUUUAGUGAACUUUUAUUAUAGGUUGCUAUUUGAAAAUCAAAAUUGGCUAGUGGUUUCAUCCUCCAAAAUAAGGGUGACAAAAAAAAUAAAAACUAUGGUAAUUUAAUAUUUCAUAGGUGCUUAUUUCUUAAAUUUUUUAACAAUUAAAUUCUGAAAAAGUUUAAUAUAUUCCGAGACAAUAUGUUUCUUAAGUUACGUUGAUCACAUAAUAUAAUUUGCAGGAGUUCCCAUAUCAUUUUUUAAUAUUACAAGAAAAGUGUUUAGACGAUUAUCUAAAAAUGUACACGGACUGACCAUAUUUGUUGAUCAGGACAUUUUUGUUUUAAAAAAAUCUACAGAUGCUUUGUUUACCAGUAUAUAUUAUUAUGACGUAUAUUAUAUUAUUAUAGUUUUUUAUCAUCCAGUAGGAUGAUAUUACUCAUACACUUUUACACUACGUGUCAUCAUUAGGCACGUUUAACGCGGGCGAUAUGUUUUUUUUAAACGACUAAACGUGUAUAGUUCGGUCCGUGCAUAAAUCACACGGUUACCGGGUCGGGUCUCGCAGUUUUCGGACACGACAUAACGAGUUAUUAACCAUAAUAAUAUAGAACAUAUAAAGAGGAAGUAGGUGGGGAAAAAAAGAACGAAAAAAAAUGACAAAUUAGAAAAUAAUUGAUCUUCUAUAAUGAUAUUGUGUGACAGAAAAACAAAGAGUUGGAGAGGCCUACGCAUAUACACACGAUAUCAUUAUUUCUAUUAUUUUUUUUUUAAGUCUACAACGAUGUUCUUAUAAAUUUAUGAGAACCAUCGUGUUGGAUGUAAACGAUUUUUUUUUUCACAACGGUGCUUUAUCUUCGGGCGGAUAUAUAUUAUAGUUGUAAUUUUGAAGAAGAAAAAAAAUCAUUGUGUGAUGAUCGCAAAAUAUUAUAUUGUUGUUAGAUAUAUACUAAAUGAACUCAUUUUUAAUGGAAUUCUAUUUUUAUAUUGUUUUUUUUUUAUUAUUAUAUUAUGUUUAUUUUAACAAACCGAUAUUAUAAUUUAAUAACAAUAAAUUCUUGAUAACGGUUUUUUUUUUUUUUAAAUUUUAAUAUUAUUAUACAUCUUAUGAAAUGAAGGUUAAAUUAGAUAUAUAAAUUGUUAAGUGACAGAAAUAAUAUUUCAGACAUAUUAUUAACUAUAAGUAUGUUUUUAUAUGUUUUACAUUAUUUUUAUUAAUUUUUGUUUUUACAAAACACGUGUAUAAGAAGAGCAGAGGGUUUAUAAUGUCGCAAAUUAAAUAUUUUUCUGCGUUGUCCCGUAAUGUCAUUUAAAUGUAUGUUUUUGUCAUACUUAAAUUGUUGGUGGAAAUUUAAUUGAUAAUAAUAGGUUGAAUUAUGUUGUGUUAAACAGUAUACAUUAUUCACGAUUUAUCUUUUAACACUAUUAUGUUUUUAUUUAUGUAAUAAAAUAAUUGUUUUAGAUUCUGAGUGAAGCGAGGAUUGUAUUAGUUUUACUGUUAGAUGUGUUGGUUAUCUUUGAAUCUGUAAACAAAGUUUCCACUAGACAUUUUAACCAAGUACUAUGCUAGCGUACUAAACAUGUAUAACGAUGUAAUUUUUUUUUAAAAUAAUCGCGUAGUGAUAAAAAUCAAAAUUUGAGUUAACGGACAUUUAUUUUGUUAUACCUAUACGUGUAUAUAACAUGAACCGAAUAUUAAUUUAAUGUAAAAAGAAAGUCGCACAAUAAACUUAUUGCAGAUAUCGUUUAUCUCAAAAAACAAUCGCAUUUAAAAAAUACAUAAAAUAAAAGUAUUUCGUAGAGGAUAUUAGGCGUGUGCCUAAUCUAAAUCUUCUCUGAGUUUUAUAAUUUCUGACAUAGUACGUAUUUCAUUUGCCUAUGACCUAGCGAAAUCUAACGAUACAUGAACGACAACUUAUGUAUUUUCUUUAUUUUCUGCUGAUUAUAUACAGGGUGAUUCUUUUAUCAUGAUCCGUCGAUUAUUUGUCUAUAACGAUUUUGAAUAAUUCGUUUUUUAAUCCCAGAAAAAAAAAACUGUAUUAAUCAAUUUAUUGUGUAAUUAUUGUCGUACAAGCAAAUGUUGGCAUACACGCGCUCGUAAAUGCAGUACAUAAUACUAAUACCGAUACACAUAAUACGUCCAUUUAGGAAAUAAAUUGUGAAAGACAGAAUUAUAUGCGAUUAAAAAAAAAACACUCAAAAUUGACUUAGGCUCUCCUUAGGGACCAACCAUAUAUGUAUUGGAAAAUAAUCCGAAAUCACUCGGAAUCUUCGGUAUACCAAAAGUAUAAUAAUAUCGUUGGUUCGUGACAAAACAAUCACCGUGUAUAUUUAAUAUACUUGUGUAUACGGAUACUUAGAUAUAAUAUUAUAGUGCGGUGCGUGCGUGGUGUUCGACGACACGAUGACGAUUUACCUUGAACGUGUCACAGACACGUACGCCGAAGAAGCGCGCGUGAAAAACCGAUCGAAAACCGCUCGUGCGUGUAGGAAAGCUUCUGGUGUUUUUGUCUUGACACAGUUUCGAGAUACUUGGCGCGAGCAUUCACUCAAUAUAUAUUGAAUGGCCUAUUCGAUAUACCGAUAUACCUGUGGUAAUAUUAACGCGCAAAAAUAUAUACGUCAAAUCUCGACGACACGGCCGCUCAGCGCUGUUUCCUGUGAUGUCGUAAAAAAAAAAAAAUAAUAACAAUAAUAAUAAUGAUAAAAUAGAAACCAUAGAAUCGGAAAUUCGCGCAUUUUUACGCCGUUAAUUUUGGCGGUAUAAAUUAAUUGGAGCGCGAAGAGGACGCGGUUCCAGAACAACGGGCACGGCUCUCUGUAGCAAGUGUUUACUUCCGUAAGCCGUGCAGUGAUACGGACUCCGAUUUUCCCGAUUUUGUGUUUUUAUUUUCGCUGGUGGCUAUAUUAUUACACGAAGAUAAUGGACGCCAUUCGUCUGUUUCUUCCACCCUCUUCUCCGCGGUUUUAAAUUCCCAACUACGAUAAUUAAUUUCGAUUUUCUGCAUUUACAGUUCUUUUUUUUUUUAUCGUUGCCUUGCUCCUGUUGUAAAAAGAUGUGGAUUUUCGCACCGCCGCGGCAGUGGUAGGUAAUAUUGGUGAGUGGUAAUUGAAUUUUGGAGACUUUUAUAGGCAAAAUUCUAUUUAUGCGGAAGCGAACAUUUAUUGAACUUUGUCAUUUUGAGUUUUUUCGAUUCUGUGUAUAUACGAGCGGAAACUAAUAUAAAGGCUUAAAAAAAUAUGUGUUUCGGAAAAUGCUUUAACUGUUUCAUUCCACAACGGCCAUCAUAUAGGUAAAUGUGAAGUAUGUCUUUUGACUUUUUUCUUUUGAUAAUUAUUAGUCGAUUUCCUGGUUCCCUUGCGGUUUUACACGUAGGUAGUAUUCCACUCUCAAUUGACUUUAGUUGUUUUUUCCUAUUGAAAUAAUCGCCUGACGCUGUCGUCACCCACAAUAGUAACAAUAAAAUAGAAACAAGUUCUUCGCGGUACCUUACUCUUUUUUCGUCACGACCGUUGCUAUUUAUUAUAACGGUGUGCGACUGCGACGUCAGCCAGGCGGUAUUCCAAUUAUUAUUAUUAUUAUUAUUAUAUACAUAAAUAAUAUUGUAAGUGUGCGCGCACAUACCAUCAUCCGGCACGAUUUUCGCGGCCUUCCGUUUACACGAAUGUGCCGCUCACAGCUGAAAAUCCGUGUCCUCUUUUUUGACAUUCGUCUAAAUAACGCAACAAACGUUUUCCGGUACGAAAAAAAAAACUACCAACUCUUUCUUAUAAUAUUAUACCGAGGCUCGUAAAACAAAAAUCAACCAUUAUAAUAUAUAUAUUAAACUAAUAAAAUAAAAUAAUGUGUUUAGCUUUUUUUAGUUAUCAUUUCGAUGUACUCAUAUAAUACCUAUAUAGUAAUAAGUAAUAAAAUUAUAUGUCGAGAUUUGUAUUUGCAUUAUUAUUUAUUUUCGUUUCGUUUAAAACGUUAUUAAAUUGUAUUAGAGCUCGUGGAUGUUGUCACAAUAAAAAACUAGUAAAAUCUAUUGCAGUAUAUUACAUUUAAAAAAAAAGCCUAAAGAACAAAUACAGUUUCGUUAUAAACGUUAUUAAAAACUUAAAAAAAAUAUAUAUAUAUAUAUAUAUAUAUUUGAAAAAUAUAGUAUUGCAAACAUGAAACAUCAGCGACAAUAUUGCAAUCAUAAAUUCGUACGUUUGCCAAAAUUUUGCUAACAUUUUUUUUGUGAUUUUAUCUUGUCCCUAAUAUAAUAUAUUCCGUGAAACGAAUUCAAAAUUUUUACUUGGCAAUAAAUAAACGGGAACAAAUUUUCAAAAAAAAAUACAACAACUUCCAAGCCAUAAUAAUAUAUAAUAUAGUUUUUAUAUAAAAUUAUAUUCGAAUAAAAUACAAUAUGCCCGUUUGCUACAUAGGGAGUGGCACGAUUGCAGCUGUGUCCCCCACAAAAAAAAAAAAAAAAAAAAAAAAAAAAAAAAAAAACAUUGUAGUAUGUUAAUGUCGUUUUUUCACCUUCAGAUCGUGGUUGUAUACCUAUACUUGUCAAUCAUCAUUUCGUAUAUUGUGUAUAGUAUUGAUUCAAUUUACGUUUUUGUGUGUAUAUGUACGACAAACAAAACAUACUAUUACUACUACUGAACAUGUUAUGCGUUGUUUUAUUUGUUUCAAGCGAAAAUCGUUACUCAGUCCACGAAUUCCACGAGCGUCGUAUAUUAUUAUUUUUUCUUUUCUUAAUUCAGACUUCGUAGGCCCAUUGACGUUUCCACCACAAACCUCUGUACUUCUCUGUCCACAAUGACCAUAGAUGUUCUAUCCGUUUCUUACUCCAAGAAGUUUGAUGUCUUACUUGACUCGAUUUUUCGUUCGUCGCCUCUCGGUAUUUUCAUGUCUGUUUUUUUUUUUACAUUGUGAUCUCAUGUAUAUACUCAUUGUCCGCCAAACGUGUCCGGCUUAGUUUAUCCUUUUGAAAACAUACACUAUAUCUGGCUCACUGUAAAUAAUGCUAAUAAACAGUCCUCAAUUUGUCCUUCGUUCAUAUUAUGUAUUCUCCAGCUCGUUUAUUUUGGGCCCUUAAAUUUUACAUAAGAUUUAUCUCUUUUUCUAUUUCUAUCUCGUAUUAAUUUCUUUUCAUCUAACUUUGUUGAUGACCACGUUUAACACGCCACUAGUAUAGGUUUAAAGAGUCCGCUUUUCGGAUCUUGAUUCUCCACGCGUUCUCCAUCGAAUCCUGGCGAGUGAUAUACUUACGUUUUUCAUAACUUCAUGCUCACAACCCAUCCAUCUUUUUUUCGGUCUUACUGCACAGCUCCGCUUAUCGUUUGCCUGCCAUUCUUGAACUCUGUUGUCAUUUAAUAACUAGUGCUUUAUAAUGUAUUCUUAUUUUUGUUCUUUGGGCAAUAAUUUUGACUCAAAUAAUGAAACAAGUGAAAAAACAGCAUCGAUUCCCCGCUACUAAUUUCCUCGUGACUGAAUUCGCCUGUUGGUUGAAUCCCCCCAACUGUACUAUAGAGAACCAUGUACAUAAAAUAUAUUCUGUUGGAGAAUAAUAUUAGAUAUGAUUAUAAUAGAAGAUUUAUAAUUUAAUACACCUUGCGAUAUACACCAACCAAACUGUUUUAGAACACAAUAUAUAAUGACAUCAUUUUUUUUUUUCGGUUGCCGGCGAUAGAAAUCAAUUAUUUUGUAAUUUUUUUUUUCGUUAAACGUGACCGUUAUAUUAUUAUAUGCGCGUCUGUUAUAGGUAAUAUUUAUUAUUGUAUAAAGAAAUCGCGUUCGCUGCGGGCUGUUGCUGUUGCUGCUGCGGGUUUAUUUGCGUAUUAUAAUAUAAAUAUUAUAAUCGGGUAUUAUCAGCUAUCGAAAGGAAAAGAGAAAUUUGUUAAUUAAAUUUUUUUUUUUUUUUAAAUAAAUAUUCUAUUGUUUUCGUGACGAGACAGGACCGUGCAGUUGUCGUCACCGUUGCGGCGGCGGCAACAAAAUCAUUGUAUACACAAAAGAUGCUUGUAUACACGUAUUGUUAUUAUCUGACUUGGUUUUUUUUUUUUUUUUUACGUCCAAAUCGUUUCGAAGUGAAACCGAAACCGCACACACCAUCGACGUUGCAGGGGUUUAUUAUAUGUUCUGUAGACUCUACGUCUUGCUAAACGUUUUUUUAUGUCAAAAAUUAUCGUACUUCAUGCUGCAGUUUGGCCAGUAGCCGAUUUAUUAUGAACGGUUGCCGAGCUGCUGCCAAAAAAAAUGUGUGUCCGCGUCAACCCGGUAGCAUCUCGUAUAAUUAUAAUAAUAAGUAAUGUUUUCCAAAUGUCGUCGUCUGCUGCUGCUGCUACUCGUCUCGCCCCCCUCAACACGUUAUUUUUCUUAUACGUAUGUAUUAUGUAUGUAUAUUUAUACGAAAAAUCAUAUUUUAUAUUAUAUAGUUAGUUACUAGACAAUUAUUAUAACUCGUAUAUAUUUAUAUAUGUGUAUUUUAUAUUUAGCUGUGGUUUUAUAUGUUAUUGUAUAAUAUUCGCGAGCGUUUUGUAAAACAAUAAUUGUAUUAUUAUCUGUUGUGUGCCCCAUGCGAUAUUAUAUUAUAUUGGCGAGGUUGUUGUUCGCGUGAAUGACGAAAGUCAUUAUAAUACAAUUUUUUUUUCUAGUCAUUAACUAGGUCGUAUAUUAUAUAGGUACGCAUUUUAAAAGCUCCUUUUUAAUAAGAUAAAAUCACACACCUCAGGAUAUUAUUCUAAUAUUGUGUCGAAGAACGUGUACGCGAGCGUUCAAGUCACCGCGGUCCUCGUUCGCCGCCACAGUGCACAAUCGUGCAAAUCGUGUUCGUAUUAUUAUUAUUACUAUUAUAAUAUUUUAAUAUAUAUUCGUAAGCAUAUUAUACAAAUAAGUUAUGUGCCAACAAUUUUUAAUUUUUAUAUUUUCGUAUAUGAAAACUUCAGGAGGGUGGUUCGGAUUAAUGUAAAAUGUACACCUUCUACUGUAUGUAUCAAAUAUAUCAUACGUUGUAUAUAAUUUUAUAUAUUGUAAUUUUUAUGUUUGUAGUAGUAUUACAGAAUAUUUUUGAAUAAACUAAUAGAUCAAUGAGUACGAGACUAUGCUAGAUAAUCGUGUCAAUUCAAUGGGCAUUCAAUUACUAGAUAACUCUAAGGACAACAUUAGGCUAGAAACCCCUCAUGAUUUUUAGUUUAGGAAUUUGAAUUAAGGACAGGAAUCCUGUAUUAUAUAUACCGUUAAAUAUAUUUAUAAAGACCAUUAUUGAUACUUAAGAUUAUUAAUUAUGUCGCUUUUCACCCUAGCUUUGUUAAUUGGUUAUUUACCGGACCCAUCGAUAGGUAAUCAGUUGCAUACAAUUUCCGAUGAACAUCGAAUUUCUUAUCUGAUUGAUCUUCGAGUUUAAUUAGAAAAACACGGUGAAACUAUAUUAUAUGGUUGGUUUCCGAAAUGCAGUUAUGAUACAAAUAAUUAUUUAUCAGACCAUUUAACGUUUGGGGCUAUUUAAAUCAUUUUUUCGAUGGAAAACUUUGUUAUACCUAAUUAUAAGCUGUGUUCUAACAAUAAAUAGUCAGCAAACCGUUUGCUUUUGAGUUUUGGUACCUUACCUUAAUCAAUAUACUGAAACUUGUAUCAGCAUUAUCAGUAUCCAUAUACAUUAUAAAAGCUCUCUGAUAUACAUUUAUCGGCCCAGAGUCCAGUCGAAAUUACUUAACCGAUUCUGAUAAAAUGUGUAGAGUAGUUUCCUAUUAUAGUUUAGGUGCACAAUACACACUAUAAAAAUAAUUUUUAGAAAUUCAACCUCUAAAAGUUUACCCCCUCCCUUCCACCCCUUGUGUAAUUAAUUAUGUGAAUACAACAUUGUCAUCCGACGUUCGAUUGACUAGACUAUAUAAUAUUAUAAAACAAAUCUCAUUUAAUUUUUUUAAUUGGCCUAUAUUAUAAUAUAAUUAUUUUGUGUAUAUUAAACAUAAAAAAAUACUUAUUUGUAAUACAUUUAAAAUGGUUUUUUGAUUCAAUAAUAUAUAUCUAAUAAUUGCUAGUUACAAAUACAAUGAAUUACAAAUGAACAUUGCAUAUUAGAAUAAAUCUUAUUGUAUUUUUUUCUGAAUUAUAAAUGCAAAUAAAUGGCCAUGUAAAUUUCUACGGUUGAAGGGAUGGCUGUCCUGCAUACACCCAUAACGCCCUCAUUUGCUCGCGCCACUGCUUCAAUGAAUUAAAAAUAAUUCACCAAACUCGCAGGUUUUUUUUUUUAACGAUAAAAUAAAAACGGUAUAAUAAUCGUAGAUAAAAAAAAACACCAUUAUUCUGUGGCGUUUAUUAUUAUUGAAGAACGCGCGCUGCCGACUCCGUUAUUGCGGUCGACGUGAGACGAUGCAUAAAAAAAAAAUACUGCAAUAUUUCAUUUUGUAUCGUAUAUGAGAACUACUGAAACAAUAAUAAUAAUGUAUAGGUACGCGAUUUCCGAUAGAAUUAUAAUAAUAUUUAUGACGCACGAAACUGCACAUUUAUAGGUCCGACCGCAAUGAACUCCUGUCGAGUAUAAUAAUAUUAUUAUAAUAUACCUACACACCUACGCACAAUAUUAUUAUUAUUAUUAUUAUUAUUACUAUAGUACGUUCACUAUACACGGUGUGGUGUGUGCGAAUAAUGGCGUAAUUUUAUUUGUAUAUAUUAUACAAAUUCAUCGUUUACAAUCAAACAAAUUUCUCGAACGUGAAAUUUCACGUACGUGGUCUGUGUGAUUUUAAUGAAUUUUUUGUCAAAGAAAACCGCACUUCUGGGAUAUUAUGAUAUUAUAUUUUAAUGUGCGCAAUUUAUAGGGUGAAAUAAACUUUGAUCACGAUCUAGCGGUUUUCCCGAUGGAUUUUAAGUAGGCAAAAUCGAUUUCUAUUUUUUUUUCUGUUCAAACACUAUUUCAACAUUAUUUUGUAAUAACAAACCCUCACUCACUCUUUUUAACAUAGAUUCGAAAAAAUAAUAUUUUUCCAAACAAUUUGAUAUGCAUGUGGUUUACCGUUUAUGAGUUUUAACGAUUUAAAAUUUAUACCGGAAGAGUAAUUAUACGUUUCAUAUCCAUUUUUAAAUGAUAACCAUUCGUCCUACACUUCAGUUCUAAAUUUUAAAUUAUUAUAAAUCAUGCAUAUAUACAUGAUUUACCCAUUAUUAAAUUCCAUAUCAUGACUGAUGGAAAAAAAUCAAAAUUAGUUUAACUCAACAUCUACGCGUACAGAUAAUUGCUGGGUAAUUCUUCUGUAUUAUAAUAAUAACACCAAUUCAAAACAACGGUUUCUCGGUGUUUAUAUUAUUAGGCGAUGAUGAUUAUAGUACGGUCUCGAUUUAAUCGACUCGACGAUAUACUUACCUAGUAGUGAGUUAAACAAAGUUACACCGUGAAAAACUACGACAAUACGACAGUUUAAAACCGAAUUCGUGAAAUGAAUAUGUCGUUUUGUAUAUUUUUGUCACCGCGAGGUCGUGUAAAUUGAAGUUCCCUGUAAUAUAUCCGUCUAAAUUAUUAUGUACGAGGAAGAAAAAUAAACCAUGUCUCUAUAUGCGCUAGCAGGAUUAAUUAAUAAGACAUUGUACGUUUGACUUAAGUGUAUACGUGUAUAAAUCGAAACAUUUUAUAUAGGAGAGGAGUGUCAUGAUCGCGGAAGACGAAUGAGUCAGAUGAAAGUGAACAAAAAGAUGAUGUUGUAUUUUGAAUCACGAGCGCACGAUUACACACACCCAUCGGAUCCGUUGUACAGCCUUAAUAUAGCCGAAUGAAAAAAAAAAUAAUAGUAAUACUAUAUGUUUAGACUAGUAUACGAGAAUUGACAUGCUACUGUGACUUAAUAAUAUAACGUUGAUUUCAUUGAUAAAAAAAAAUAAUAAUAAAAUAAAGUGGUGAUAUUAUAAUAGUAUACGUUGUAGUUUAAUUUAAAAUAUAUGUAUUGAUAGAGUCUAUCGCGUAGAAAAUUACGAAGUAUGAGGUAGGAUAACAGUAUUAGCAUAGGUAUAUGUUAUUAAGCAUUUUAAAAAGCACGUCUCCUCGCGUGACUGAAUUUAUUUAACGUUUAUUUUUUUUUAACGGUAUCUAUAGCUAUAGGUACCGUUAAAUAUAUAUUAAUAUAAUACAUAUUAUGUAUUUGAUAACUGCAAAAUAGUAGUUAUCAUAUAAUAGUAGUUAGUAGACUGGGCCACGUGUUAGUACUUUUAAUACUCCAGAAACAUUAUAGAUAUUUUUCUUCAAAAACAUUGAUUUUGGAAGAAAAAAACCGAAAAAGAAAAUAAAGUUUGUUAUUCACCAAAAAUAAUUUAAAACGAUUAUGAUUAUUGUAAUCGUUAAAAAUGUAGUAAACUAAUUAUUUUGGUCACAUAUAGGUAUUACUAUAUAGUGAACAAUUUUAAUAUAAUAUUAUGUUAUUCGUUUAAGAAAUAAUUAUUAUAUUAUUUACUACAAUCACUAUUUUAUCAAAUCUUAUCAAUUAUCAAAAUAUAUGAUAUAAAUUGGUGAAUGAUUUUCGAUUUUUGACAUUCUUCAAAUUAUUUUUAUGUGACCAAUACGCGGAAAAUGUUCCGACGCCUGUCUUCGAUUUGUAAUAUUUUACAUCGAGUCUAAAGGACAACUUAUUUGUACCAUCACCUUCCAACAUUUAUUUAUUGAUAUACAUCACAUAUUCCAAUACAGUUGAAACAGUAUCGCCGGCUAUUAUAAUGUUAAUAUAAUAUUUGUACUUCUUAACAAAUUUCCUGAUUAAAUUAAUCAUAUUUUGUUAGCAAUAUUGCUUAUCUCCCGAUAAAAAUUUUGGAUUUCGUCCGUUAUAGUAAGCAGUAUCGUAUCGCGAUUUUUUUUUAAUGAGUAUAACACACGGAUUGUAUCUAUAAUCGCGGUUUUUAUUUGUCAUAUAUUUUCAUUAUAGGAUCAUCGGGAUCAGCUUGUACUAUAUAUCAUAACUAGUUAUCCUGAAUGGCGGCGUGGUCCGGGCCAUUUUUUUUUUUUGUUGGUUCUAAAAUAUAAUUGUCCUUAUAGUUUAGUGGGCAUAUAUAUCUCUAUUUUGGUCCGAAUCAGUACCUACCGGAAACUGAUUUAUCGUCGCAAAGUCGAAACCAUUGGACAGAUCGGGUUGAAAUUUCGCAUACAGAUAGCUAUUAUGACAUAAGCAUCCACCAAGAAAGGAUUAUUGAAAAUUUAAUCCCCAAGGUGGUAAAAUAAGAUUUAUAAUGUAUUUUUGGGACCAUUAAUUAAAUUUUAUUUGUUUAUUUAUGUUACCUUGGUGACCAAGGUUGUUAUUAUUACUAUUAUUUACACUUUUAUCUAGCAAUAGCAAAGUAUUGCCGCCAGGUACGAUUUAAGAUAAUAUGGUUGUCAUCGAGCAGUGAUAAUAUCUGACCUACAGAUCCAAUACAAAUUUUCGAUCUGUUGUUAUCCUGUCCAAGCGGAUAAAUAUUUAAUCAUUAUCAUUAAGGUAUCGUUUAUUAUUGAGAGUCGUUUAUACCAAGAUAAUAGAUAUUAUUUUAAAUCGUGAUGGCAAAAUUUGAAAAAAAAAAAAAGAUUACUAUAUAUUUGAAAAGUGCCGGUGUAUAUUAGAUCUAAACCGCCGAUUUUUGGAUUAUAAUCUGUUGUCGCAAAACGGAAUCAUCGUGGACGGCGAUCAUAUAUAAUAUCGUAUACUUAUGGAGAGAGGCCCAAACGUCUUGCGCGUGAUAAAACGGAUGAAAUCCUCGCGGAUUUGGCCAGAUCUCGGGCGGGCGAGAAUGUAUUUAGUUAUAUUGUUGUCGGGCGGCCGGCGCGGUCAAGUACGGCGGCGGUGUAUAUUUACGUGCGCCGCUCAGUACGUGUGCAAAUCAAAUCGUAAUAAUAAUAAUAUUUUCUGGCCGCCGUGGCGAUAAUAAUAAAAUCGCGAAAACUGCGGCGCCCGACAAAAUGUAUGUAUACACAUAUAAUAAUUUGAAUACGUAUAGUACAUUACUAUUAUCGUUAUCAUCGCCGUCAUUAUUAUUAUUAUUAUUAUAUUAUGCACCUCCGCGUGUGUGACAGUACGAUAAUAAUACGCUGGCCGCGGCGCGCUCGUUGGCCCGGGCACGAGAAAAUAUCGUCGUCGUUAUUUAGUCCGCGAGUUAUAUUUAUAUGGCGCUGAACCGCGCGCUGCUCGAUAGUUUUAUUUUAUUAUUAUAAUUGUCAUUAUAAUAUUAACAACAACAAUAAUAAUAAUGUCGUCCGGUCGUCUCUUACUUACUCGCCCACUCCCACACCCCACCCCCUCCCAUUCCCCAACCUCACCCACCGCCGCCACUUAUUACCUCGAUAAUCGCGAGCGUCUGCUGCGAGUUGUACUCGUCGACAGCCGUUUAAUAACGCGUUAAUUUUCACGGGACAUCGCAUGCAAUCGCUCGCUUUUAUUUUUUUCCCAGUAAUAUCCGCUGCAGAACGCACAAUUCGAUCGCUUGUAUUUAUUUUUUCGAUUCUUCGAGGUAUAUUUGUUAUUUUUUUAGUACAUUAAAUUCACAACCCGCAACACCUGCAGUAGCAUGUGUAUAAUAUUUUCACGAGAAAAAAAAAAGAAAUUUCCCAGCGAAUUACUAUUUCAAAUCGUUGAGGGUUGCUACUUCUUAAAUUAUUGUGUAUACUUGUUUAGUUUAUGCCGUAUCCGGGGCGAAAGACUUCCGCAUACGUGUUUAUUUAAUUUCCCAGUCGUUGUCAUUUCCUCGUGUUUAUCCGAGUUGACGAGCGUAAUAUAUAUUAUAUUAUGUAUAUAACAUAAUUAAAAGUAAUAUUUCAUUUUAAUUUUAUCUCUCAAGUCCGUAUUUUCGUUCGGGUCUCUUACGUUCCUAUGUAUGCGUAAUAUGGAACCGUAAAUCUAUAUUUUUAAAAUUCGUUUAUAUUUCAACGGCUCGUUAACGCAAUUACCAUACUGUAAUAAUAAUAGACAAUAUUAUAAUAUGUAUUAUGUUGUUUACGUACACGCGUUAACAGAGAGAUAACGGUCCGUAAAAACUGCAAGGGUUGUUAUUUUUUUUGAAAAAUGUGCGUGUAAGUAGUGGAACUGGUUUACUGUUGGACCGCGUAGUUAUCAGCGCAUCGAACGAUAAUUAAAUGGGAAAAAAACGAACGUAUAAUAUUAUGGUAUGGAUAAUAGAGAUUUCUCGAUCCACGUGUGUUAUGUUAUAAUAUUUUAUAACUGUUCUUCACGGCUACGGGCUGUUGAAUUUUGUUUUAUUGUAUAAUAGUAAUUUUUAAUUAUCACCGAUUAAUUGAUAACGCGCCGUGAAGUCGACUUAUCCGGGUGUCCGGUAAUAAUAUAGUAAUUACCCGGGAGUCAUAAUUUUAUUAUACGAUACACACGAUAUCCAUAUUGUGUACCGUAUAUAGAAAUAAUUUAAUGCAUACAAUGAAUAUAUUAUAGACAGUGGCGUGCCCAGGAAUUGUCAAUGGGAGGGGAUCUACACUAAAUAUCCUAAGCAUGACUCAUGGUUAAAUCUUUAAAACGUCUUCUGCAACUUUACCUAAUUCGACAAUGAGAACUCAAAAGCCAAAUGAUACAAAUUUUUAUUCGUGAAAUUAACCUCUCCCCCCCAGCAAUUUGUAACUUUGAUAAAAUUACUAAAUAAACACAUAUAGUGGUUGCAUUUUAAAGAUCCACGAGAGAAAGUAUAACUCUCCGGCUGCACUCAGAAUCUAACAAAAACUCGAAAAAGAAAAUAAUAUACAAAACAUUCCUUCGCCAUGCGGCUCAGGGAAACAGCUCAGGGGCCGUCCCUUAAUUCAGCCCUCGUUAUUAACGUGCAUAAAUUUAACUAAACACAUUUCUUAUGUAUAUAGGUAAUAAAUAAUAAUUACUUGUCACCUAUAUUACUGUAAUAGAUAGGUAACAAUCAUGACCUCAUCUCUACGGUCAUGCAAAUUAUACAAAAAAAAAAAUAUUUUUUUCCGGCAUGAAUUUAACAGUAACCUGUAACGCUUUAUAAUAAUAAUGUACCGGUAUAUAAAUAUACAAAAACGUUGUUUAUUACGUUAUUUAUCGACUAAAACUCGACAGUUCGUAUAUACAUAAUAAAAAUAAAUUUUGGUCCUCGACGUGAAUUCUUAAACAAAUAUUAUGUCUCGUAUAUUUACACCGAGAUUAAAUAACGGUGAUGCUGCAGUAGUAGUGUCGUAUAAAAAUCUGUUUUACCGGUGUAUUUGUUGCUGCGCAUAAAUUAUAUUUAUAACAUCGCUGCAUUAUAAUAUUAUGAAAAUAUCGUGAAAUUUUGAUAAAUUUGAAUAAUGUUUGUAUAUUUUUUUUAUAAAAGUCAAAAAACAAAAAAAGGCCUGUGAACAGCGGAUCUCCAUCACUCAAGUCGAAUUUUCCCCUUACAACCUGCUCCCCUCCGCCACAACAUAAAAACACUCUCCUCCCGCAAACACAUUUCAUAUUGUAAUUCAACCGGAAUGUUAUCACUUCAAUCCGCCUUUAAAACAACUCUGAUUUCUGAGGGAACUGCUAAAAGUGUGCAAAAGUAACCGGAAAAAGAUAUAACAGAUACGAUACAUGUGCACAUCAUAGUCUCUAUUUUUGGAAAAAAUUCGACAAAAAAAACGUCAAAAAACGUUACGUUCCCUCUUAUUCGUGUUAUACAUUACAUAUAUUAUUAGUACAGCAUAUAGGUAUUUGAAAAACAAAUGUUCAUUACGGCUGUCAUUACAUACUUUUAUAUUGUACCUUACAUGGCGAAUAAUGAGAUCUCGGCGCGGAGUAGUUUUUAAUAUCAAUCGAUCGAGAAUAUUAAAUUCCGCACAAGAAUCUAGUUAUCUUUUAUGUGCGUACAGGUACUUAUAUUCGUCCGUAAAAGGACAUGACUAUACAUCGCGCACACACCUCCAUACUGUAUAACGAAAUUAAUUUAACGUUUUACAUACACCCGUAUAUAAUAUAUCGAUAUCCGACAAAAAACAUAUCUAUAUAUAAAAUAUUUCCAAAAAAAAAAACAAACAAUUAUUUUAUUGAAGCUUAUAAUAUAAUAAAUAACUGACGUAUACGAGAGCACUAUAUGGAAUUUAUUCAUGUAUAGUUAAUUCAUUAUAAACUCAAAACUCGUUUUAUGUAUUAUAACAUUUUUUUUAUCGGUAUACCUACCAAAUGUAAAAUACGUAUGACUGUUUUUUGUAUAGUUUUUUUUUUUUCGAAUUUUUGCUUAAAAUCGUGAAAAUAUAAUAUUUUAAAAACGAGGGUGUAUAAUAUAAUAUAAGAAGCUCGUAAAUUUUCCACUAUGACUUAAAUUAAUAUCCUUUAUAUUUUGUUAAACGAUCACGAAUGACCCCGUUCGCAGAUAUGUACGCAUACAUACGUAUUAUACGUCUCGCACAGACACCGAGAAACGGCGUUUCUUAUAUUGUUAAUAUUUUUUACAUUAUUCGUAUACCUAUAGGUACUUGUGUAUCUGCGCGAACGCCGUGACGUUUCAAGGACUCCCGCGUAAAACGUUGAAUAAUAAUUUUCUGGCGUUUUGGAAGAAAAUUUCAAAUUAUAAUAAUACCUAUAUACCUAUAUUAUAAUGUUUUUUUGUUUAUCUCUCUCUCUCUCUCUCUCUCUCUCUCUGAAGACAAGAGACAAACUGAUACCGCAACAAUCACAAUUUGUGAUUAUUAUUAUUAUUAUUAUCAUUACUUUGAACUAUAACAACGUUAUAAUUUUUUUUUUUCUAUGUUUACAGGGCCAAAACCGCGGAGAACAGAGAGCUAGCGGUCCCAGGUCAUUGUUUAUACGCCGUUCGGAUAAUGGAUUCGGUUUUACGUUGCGCCACUUCAUCGUCUAUCCGCCCGAAUCGUAUCUGGUAAGCUACCACUACGCAACGACGAUAAUACAAUAAUAUCCUAUAUGUUCAAUACCGUAAACAAUAUAUUAUUAUAGAAAUAAGGUAUAUUAUAUUAUAUUAUAUUUGCAGAGCGUUUGCAUUUUUAAAAACGAUUUUUCUUUAUAGAAAAAAAAAAAAAAAAAACUACCUCUCGUCGGCCUUUAUACAUUCUAGGUAAUAGCCGUUUAACCUUGACCACAUACGCAUAAUAUACGACCAGUUAUAAAAAUAUAUAUACAUAAUAUAGUAUAAACACGAUUAUUCAAUGUACAGUUAAAACGAAAUUAGCUACUGCGGACGAUGAGUUACUAUUUUAUGUAUAAACGCGUAUAGUGUAUAUUAGAUAUUAUUGUAUGUUAGACUAUUGCGCCUACAGAAAAAGAAAAAGGGCAGUUAAUUUUUCUGGGUUCUAUGUAUUAUUGCGAUGCCGGCCAAUAUUAAUAACCACGACAACCCAUAAAUCUAAGAAUACCAUUUAUAUUUAAAAUCCAUUGAGCAACACGUUUGAAAAAAGAAAAAAAAACUACUACUAAAUUCCAGAGUUUUAAUCUUUUUCGUAAAAAUAUAAUAUUGCACGCAUGUGCUAUUAAAAUAUCGGUCGGUUUUGUUCGUUAUUGAAAGGCAUCACAAUGGCAUUUUCCUUGCCUGUGUUUCUAACGGGCCACAUAUAUUAGUAACAUUUUAUUUGUAGAAAAUCUUUUGAAGUAUAAAACGAAAAAGUCUUUAAAAUCGAUUGAACACCAUUUAUACAAUUUGUAGGCGACAAAAUUUCGAACACAAUCUCAUCGGAAUUUUUCAAAUAUUCAUUUCUAAAAAAAAUAACGUAAAAUACGGUUUUUUGUAACUUCAAAAAUAUUCGUUGAGUAUCGAGGAAUUAUAAAACACGACGAGAUCUUCUUUAAAACGUUAUCAUAUACGAAUUGGAUGUACAAAUGGUUUUUAUAUUAAUUUUGCAUAUGAACACAUUUUUACAAUACUGUUCUUUUGUGAAAGGAAGAGAGGAAAGAGUGGCAAAUACCAUUGUUACAACCUCUUAAUAUAAAACGAGAAUUUAAUUUGAAUACCAGUAUUCGAUUUUAUUCGAUGACAGUUACCUCUGUUUGAAGUUUCUGAAUUAUAUGUUAACCUUUAUUAAACUCAUCACCAUUGUCAAUUUAGAAUGGCUUCUCCUUUCGUUUUAAAUCGUUUAUAUAGACUACACAUUUCCUCUCUUUAUAUUUUUCGUUAAUUAACUGAAUAUUUUGAGGCCCUAUGCAAUCAAUUUCGCGGGGUUUAAAUUUGCUGAUUUUUGCAUUCUAAUACCAAGUGUAGAUAAAUCUUUACAAUUCUUCUCUGUCUAUUACUAUUACAUUAUAUUUUUCGAAACAAUUAUGUAAAAUUAUGAGCUAUGAUUGUGACGCGACGCGGGGGCUCCGUGCGAGUGCACAGCUUGCCUUCAAGUCGACUACUAUUAUGUCAUAGAAAUCAAAAAACCUAUCAUAAUAUAAUAUAAAUUAUUUUAGAAUAAUAACUAGGGAGACUUACAACAUUUGCUUAUUUUUUGGCUUGGCAUUAAAGUACGAUGACCUGUUAACAGUACUAAUAGUGCUAUGAAAAUUUCGAUCAUAUUACGUGUUAAAAUAUAAAAUUUGAAAGUUUUUUUUAAAUAAUUUCAAUUGUUUUUCUUUUGACUAGAAUUUCUGCCUUUUAUUGCACACUUUUAACUGGAAAAUCCAGGAUGUUUUUUCCCUUAUAAUUUUUAAACAGAUUCACUUGUGUAUUUUAUUAUCCAACGCGUAUUUGUUUGUUUUUGUUAUCAGAUAAGAAUAACACACAAAUGAGUCAUCGCAGGGUAUGGGGCAAUAAAAAUCAGCUAGUGUCGUUUUAAAAGAUUAAAGAGUGUAAUUUUUUUCAUUAAAAAAAAAUAAAAAUUGUUUUUCCCGGUUUUCUUUUUUAAACCAUUUAUGAUGUACACAUCUCAGCACUUAAAAAGCUUAUUAAUGAGCUUUUAAGGGCUUUUAAUCAACUAAUUAAUUAGACAAAAUUUACAUUUAAAUGUAUAAAUAUACCUUUAUAUAUUUUCUUGAUAUUUAAAUGUAUAUUUCCAAAAUUGUUAUAACACAUAUUAAUACACAAAUUAUUGAAAAUAUAAAUCUUCUUUCUAUUAAAAACCAUUCGAUGAUAGUUUUUAUUAAACUGUGCACAUAUUAUUUUAUUGUAUACGUAUAUUAAUAAACAUUAAAAUAUUAUGUCCGUCUAAUAUUUGUGCCAAGUUUUAAGAUGAAAAAAUAUGAUGAAUGUUGUAAAAAAAAAUGUUAAAAAAACAUAAAAUAUGUAGGUAUCAUUUUUAUUCGACCGAUUUUUAACCGCUGAUUAUUUAAACGUAAUGAAAACGUAUAGAAAUAUUUCAAAAAUAUAUGAAUACUCUAUUGUUUUUUUUUUUCAAAAUUAAAUUUAAAAAAAAACAGGUAAAAAUAAUAUUAAAUAUUUGUAUGCCGUGUGCGUCUUAUAAAUCAAAAUUGUCAAAUCAGUUUAUUGUAAAAAUUAUAGUAUUAUUACUUUUCAUACUCAUCGAUUGUUGAAAGUUCACAUUUCACACCAUACACUUCAUCUUCUUUCUUUUUUUUUAAUUUUGCUAGAUGUUUUUUUUUUUUUGGCAAAUCAUCAUGCUCUACGUUUUAUAUAUUGUCUCACCACACUUAUAUAUAUGUUCUUAAUCCGUAAUGUAAUUUUUUCCUCGUGAGACAUUUCACCUGGUUGCCAAUUAUUUUUGGUUACAAAAAUGUAUUUUUGACACUGUCCGAAUCUGUCUUGUGUUAUUCACUCAGUAUCGUUGUCUUUAUCUAUCGCUCUCGAAAUUACCGAAACGACUACGGGCCUCAACACCUGUAGCCAAAAACGAAUACACCGGAACUUUCUUACUCCUCUUCUUUAGGUGCAGAGCAUUAAUGGUUUUUUUUUUUUGUAACGAUUCGUCACUUUUAUUAUUCAAAAAUAUCAAAUCAUUGACCAAUUUUUUAUAAAAUUAAUCUGCCCGAAACAGUAGUGUUGCAAUGAUUUUUAAUUGGUAAAAAUGUUAAUUAUGUUUUCAUAUAUAUAUAUAUAUAUAUAUAUAUAUAUAUAUAUUUCAAUAUAAUACAAAAAUUAUAAAAAAAUAAAUGAUAGAAUAGAAUAUGUGUACAAUAGUGUCUUGGCAUUUCUUGUAACUGUACUUAUUACACCCUUCCUGACACCGGAGAAAUCUUGAGCAAAGUCAGUAACUAUAUCAUUUUUGUCAAUGUCUUUUUUUUAUUAUUAUUAUUACUAUUAUUUGCAUAAGCCAUGGUUAUUUGUUGACAUAAGGCUCUUCCUUAAAUACGUUUUUAAAAGGUUCAGUAUAGAAAUCGUCCUUCCGAGAGUGAAUGAAAUAACUGUACUAAAUUGACCUUCAAAUUGUAAAACAGCGUAGAUACAUAAACACGGUCUAUGGGAAGUUAUAGUGUACCCUAAGCUUCCCCUUAGCUAUGCCACUAGUCCGGAAUAUAUUUUUAUCGGUAUAGGUACCAGUUUACGUAAUAUAUUUAUUAUCUACUCCAAAAAUGCUUAGAACAGUAUUAAUAUAACAAUAAUAUUACGUUUCAACGUGAACGCCAUAAAUUCAAUAUUGUUCACAUUUAUUUUGUGGUGUCAAAAAAUCUAGACCCAAUGACGUAGUCAUUGUAAUACAAACUAAAUUUAAAUUUAUACCACAGACUUUAUUAUUAUAGGUAGAUAACCACAAAUGUUUUUUUUCACUAGUGUUUUUUUUUUAAUUAUUAUUAUUAUUAUUUGUGUUACACGAAUCGUUAUAAUAAUAAUACUUGUUGCUAUAAAACCUGCAACAUAUCGGUUUUUACUUAGUGACUCGUAUAGGUUUUACAUUUAUAGUAUUCGUCGAUUUAUAAUCCGUUACACUUAAAAGUUUUUAAAAAUAUAUAAUAUAUUAUCUCUGUUGUCAUCGACUGAAGCCCAAAAUAUUCCAUUAUAGUUCAACAUUAUAGUCACUCAGUAUUUCAAUAGGUUGUUAUUUUAUCAUCAAUGUGGUCUUCGUGUAUACAACACCCUUUUUUUUUAGUUCUGGUGUUAUUCUUAUCGAUUCUUGAAUAAAUUUCAUUUAAACAUUACUGUAGGGGAGAUAAAUCGUUUAAACUAAUCGAUAUUUUUUUAAUUUAUGAAGUCUUUAUAAUGGAAUGUUAGUGGAUGAGAAACAGUACAUUUCUUAAACACCGAAAGCAACGAUAAAUUAUAAUGUUGAAAAACUAGAGCUCACAUUAGCAUACUAACAAUUUUGAGGCAUGGUUAAAUUUAAUUUCAAUUCUUCGCAUUUUCCAAACGUGGAAGUGAUAAAUUGUAAAAAAAAAAAUCCAAUAUCUCUGUCGACCUGUUCAGAGUAUAUAUGAAAAGGUAAUGAGAAGAUUUAGUUCAAACUCCUCCAGUUUUAUUUGUAUACCUGAAAUAGAUAUGUGUAAAUUCCACAUAUAUGUAUCAUAUAUUUUUUAUCGGAAAACUGAUAAAAUAUUGAUAUUGAUUCCAUGCUGCCGUUUUUCAAUUUGUGUGUAACGACAAUGUUUAAAUUAACUAUACCGUCAUACCUAUCCGAAAUAAAAAUAAUUACUGGCCAAAGAAGUUAUUUAUUAGUUUUAUUUCUGAAUUAUAUAUAAAUAGGUACAACGAAACCAUAAAAUUCGCGUCUGUUGAAACUGAAUGAAGAUGCAAUAACAAAUAUUGCAACGCAUGUAUUAAAAGUGUUGAAGUGGAGCAUCAUAUUCAGAGGGGUGUUAUAUUUCUCCCCGAUAAGUUUCGAAUAAAAAAGACCUUGAGUAUUUAUUUUGUUAUGUUAUCUUGAAAUUUAUAUUUUAGUCACAUUACUAGGAAAAAAUGUUGAUUUAUUGAACAAAAAUUGCCUUUUUUGGAUCAUACUUUUAAACUUACUUAAUUUACUCUUGUGUUAGGUACGACAGAAGAAGAUUCUAUGAUUUGUUCAUGAGUCAUAAUUAUUGUUUACUUCAUUCACAUUGAAAAUUCCUGGCCACUGGUCAUUAUAUUACGCUUAAACAAAUGCGUCAAGUGUAGUAUUAUAUACUCGCAUUUCUUCAUGUCUUCCAAUUUCAAACCUAAUUCUAGAAGGACAAGAAAUAAACAGUCGUAUUAAAAGAAAAGCAGCGAAGGAUAUCCGUGAUAAUUUUAUAUUUUUAUUAAUUUUUUUUCUAGUGGAGUUUACACGCGUGCCUAUUUAGAGCUUAAAAUAAAUUGUGUACCUCGGUACGUUUUUAUAUUUAUUAAUUUCUGUUUUUAUAGUUAUUAUUUCUUUUAUAUCUAAACUACCCGCCCAUUUUUGAAAUAAAAACGUCGAACAUAAAAUCGUAUGCGAUACCUCUAGAAGAAAAAACUCGAGAUUAUUGAUAACGAUUAACGGCUGGGCGUGUAUAGCAUCACACUUGUAUCGUAGUUUGUUAUCGCGAAUUUUAUAUAAGUUACAAUUCACAAAUAUUACUAUAUACUCUCCGAAGAAAUAUAUGUAUUAAAUUUUUACCGUAUUUUAUAUUUCAAUAAAUAUUUACGAGUAUAGUUGAAUACGUGGUAUACUAUUCAAAUUUAUUUUUUUUCAAUUUAUUACGUGCUAAUAAUUUAAGAUAAACCGAAGUAUACAACAAUAACAAUAUUGUAUUAGGUGUGGAAAUAAAAUUUAUUAAAACAAUAUUUAUUACCUUUUUACACGCGUUAAAUAACUGAUAUUUUAUUAUAUUAUUUAAUUAUUCCAACGUAGCUAUAGUGUAUGAUUGUAAAAAUAAUUUAAAAAUAUUUAAUGUCGGUAUAAAAUAAAUAAUAUACUUCAGCUAGUAUACUUGCAAUUUGUGCAUAUACAUGUUUGCCGCGUAGUAAAGAAUCAUUUUCUCCUACUGAAACUAAAUAAAAUAUCGAACAAUAUUGUGGAAUAAACAACGUUGAUUUAGUUAUGAACAUAGAUAAAUACAUUAUGGAUAGCAAUAUUAGCAAUAUCAAAAUUGUAUCUUCUAUCUAUUCUACUCAACAAUAAAUUAAUUUUUCUUCCAUGAAUUAUUUUCUUGGUGCCGUGGUUAUAGUGAAAAUUGAUUGCACGCUCUUAUUGGUAAGCGAUGUAGAAGAUUCAGGAACGCAUGGUAACCUGCUGUAUAAACUCUACAUUAUGUAUUAUAUUAACUUUGAAAAUAAUACCGAUAACUGGUUUUCUCCGUACCUAGGUAUAUGUAAAUAUUUUUAUUUUCCGCGGCAAAACAUCUUUUUCUUCACCUAUUGUUAUCCAUUUAAAUUUUUUUGUUUUUUUAGUAGUACAUAAUAAAUAAUAUUUAUUAUUAUUUACUAUCCGUCAUUGCGAAAAGGUUUGGAUAAUAUCUUCUUUAUUCUUGUCAGCGACUAAUUGUUGUUGUUGGUUUUUUUUUUUUGUCUACUUGUAAUUACCGUAUUGUUUCGUGUCAGCGUAGUCGUUUGUUUCACACCCGCACACUCGCAUUGUACCUUUGUAGUUUAUAUUAUAAUAUCGUGUAUCUUCGAUUUUGUAUUAGUAUCACUGAUGAUUAGAGCCAACAUUUUUAUACAUUUGCAUAAUUUUAUUCAUUUGUUAAACAAAUAGCUAGUUAAUACCAAAAUGUGUUUUAUGUCCCAACGAGCCUCUAUACAAAAUUUUACUUUGCAUAUUUUCUUGUUUUGGCCAAUAGGAUUUUCAUCACAUUAGAUUUGUUUUACUUCCUCGAAAAACAUUUAAAUUUAAGGCUUUAGAAUUAAUAAGAUUAUUAUAUUAGUUUAAUUAUGAUAGAAAACAUUCUAUACGUUAUAUAUAUAUAAUUUUUUUUCUCUUUGGCUUUAUCUUAAAUGUUACAAUUAGUUAUAUAAUUUUAUAAAAACGGCGUUUUCCUGUGAAAACAAAUAAAUAAAUAUUUUUGAAUUUUAAAAUUUCUAGGACAUAUUGAAGGAUUUUAUGCAGUUUUAGAGCAUAUUUCAUAGAUUUUGUACAUUUUACUAGAGUGUUUAGGAUUUCGUAAACUUUUAAGACAUUUUUAUCUUGACGAAUCGAGAAUCACAAAAUAAUAAUUAUUGUUCAAAAUGUAUAAAUAUCAGCACUCAGCAGAUGAGCUGAUAUUAUACUAAGUAUGCUAAGUAGGUACCUAUACCCGUGUGGCCGUGUUAUAGAUCAAAUCUGGUAAAUUCAAAUUUCUUUCAUUCAAAUAUAUUUAUGAUAGGUUUUCAGAUAAAGAAAAAUAUAAUAAUAUAUAAAUUUACACAAAUAUACAUAAUCUUUGAAAUAUAUUUUUUUUUCGUGUACAUAAGAUAGACAGUAUAAUGUAUAAAAUAUUAAAAUAAUUUAGAAUUCAUUUUCAAGUAUUUUAGGUAUUUUUUAAGUAUUUUUAAAGCUCAUGUAUUGGUAAUUAUUUGGGUAUAUUUCCGUAGGUUCUACUUAUAAUCUUAUUAUUCGCAUUUAUCGAAUUUUUUUCCGAAAUUAUAAGGCGUCGCGUUUUGAUAUGUUCAGGUUUUGGCCGGAGACGAACGGCUGGGUCUGCGACGAGGUGCUGGAGUUCGCCCUGACGAACCGAUGGACACAAUAUUUGUGAAAAACGUCAAGGAACACGGUCCGGCGAGCAUAGCGGGUCUCAACACCGGCGAUCGCAUUAUCAGCGUCAACGGAGAGACGGUGGCUGGAAAAACCUACGCUCACGUGGUACAACUUAUCCAGCAGACGCAAUGUUACCUAUAUUUGCUCGUGGUGCCUAUGGAAAAUGACAUCCUACAAUUGGUGAGUUGCGUAAAAAAAAAAAAAAAAUAUUUGCUUACCUUAUAAUUAUUCGUUUCCUCUUCGCCUUUAUCCUUUAUCCUUCUUUCGAAUGGGGGUCUGCUAUUUUUCCGCGUCUUUCUAUAUAUAUCAUCAUUUUUUCGUGUAUUGUACUUCAAAACAUCUUAUUUUAUAUUCGCACGGUCGGUAGUUUUAAAUACCCAUUAAAAAAUCAUAUGUACUUAAUAAUUAAAAUAGUGCUCAGUAACAUUCGCGGUUUUUUUUUUUCAGUAUUUUAGUGAGACUGCCCACAACCCUGAAACGAAUCAGAGACCCGGCCGUCUGAAAACGGCUAUGACAUCUGGUAGCGAAUUGCGGUUCCAUCGUGGUCGCGAUUCCAGUCCCAUCUACCAGAACGUCUGGGAGCAUCAUCACCGCAGCAGCGUCAUCAACGUUGGCGCAAAGGCACAAGCCGCAGCCAGAUUCGUCUCACCACACCGGACUCCUAGCACUCGGCGUUCGUCUGCCACCGAACCGAACGGCGGCGGUAAUUACCCACACCACCGCAACAAACCGUUAUCGUCUUCUACGCUUAUAAACCCGAACGCCAGACACAGCAUGGACGUAGGAGUGGCGUGCCGGGACGCCUUGCUACAAGUCGGGCCCGACAACAAUUCGCCUCUGUAUCCCCAUGGCGGUCUGCACCAUCUUCACCAAACGCCGCCCGACGAUUCGGUCAUCAUGUCCCGGAUAAAAAAAAGUCUCGAACAAAAGGAAGAGUUCCUGCGGCGACCCGUGCCCGCGACCCAACCGUCUCUACAGCAACCGGCCAAAGAGUUCUACUCGAGGCCGCAAAAACUGUUACCGCCAGUUUGGCCGCCUUCGCCACCACCGCCGCCGCCGGCACAAUCCGCAGAACCGUCACCUUGCUCCGUGUCGGAUACAAAUUCAUCGCCGCAGCAGCAGCAGCAGCAGCAGCCUCAUACGCAAGUCAAACCGAAAAGCAAGCAAUUUGUGACCACUUUGGGAAAAAUACACGAGGACGGUAGCGGAAGACCGACGGCGAUGACCACCGCAGAAAUCGACCUUCACCUAAAACAGACCAAUCUGCACGUGGUGUCCAUGAGGGCCAAACAGUUUGAGAGCGGUAAGAUGGACGACAAAACCGAUUUUUACAAAAGCGAAUUGGCCCGAUUGACGUCCAAACACAAUGUUCCUAACGUCGCCGUGAGGAAAAUGGAGUAUGAACAAAAGUUCAAUGGCGACAAAAAACUGCAGCAGCAACAAGAAACCGGAGGAGAAGAUUCGAUCACUAGCUGUGGUAGUAAGUAUAUUUUAUUUUAUUUACUUGUACAAAUAAAUUAAAUAAUUUCAUUUUAUAACAUAAAUCGACUUUGAUGUUAACAUAUAACAGAGACAAGAUGCAAUUAUAUACUACAAAACUAUUAAAAAUAUAUUAUUAUUCUAUAUUUUCUUAUAUAUUUGACUUGACCACAGGGGACCACAAGUCAAUGUUAAGCAUAUUUUUUUUCUUAACAUUUUCCUCUUUUUUUAAAAUGAGUAUGUGUUUUCAAAAUUGAAUUUAAUUGAAUUGGAACAAAUACAAAAUUGACUUAAACCUUUGGGACUAAAGAUAUAAUAGCCAGGGUUUGUUCGGCUAUAGCUUGAUUGAUAUGGUUACUUUCUUCUUCUGCAGGUUCUGAAAAGUCAAUUUCGUUUACUAGCCCCCCCGCCGGCGUCGCAGGAUACCAUUCCGGGAAUCUAAUCGUACCGAUUGGCAGCAGUAAAAUUCAUUGCGAGCCGCCGAAAGAAUACGAACAAAAAGGUAAGUCCGCGGGAAUAAAUUAAUAUUUAACGGUCGGCUACCAUUAUUUUGGAUUUUUUUUUUUUUUAAUACAUUUAAAUUUAUAUAAUGUGUACGUUUGUCAGGCGUGAGCUUUUGUCAUGUUACGUCGGGUGAAUUUAUAAAAAAAAAAAUAUUACCGCGGACGUACGACAAUAAGAGUACAAUGGAUCGGGGGUAGUUGUCCGAAAAUGAUAAGAACCGAACACGAAAAAUAUUAUUGUCAAACAUGUUAUGCAACCUAAAUUUAUCCAACAUUUUAUGAACACAUUUUUUUAUUAAUGUAUGGGUACUCACUGUUUAGUUAUAACUUAUAUGUGAUAGGUUCAUCCUGUUCUGAUCUACGCUUCACGAAUAAAUUAUUAAUUUAUGCUUAUAUUAUCAAUGAUUUUAAUGGGAAUUUUUAUUUUUGAACUAACAUUUUUUUUUUCGGGAGCCUUUUGGUUAUUGUUGAAAUUGGAUAUUAAAAAAAAUAACUGUUAUUUUAAAUAUUAAAUACUAAUUUAAGUGCUCUGUUAUUAUCUUAUAAACAAUAAUAUAACUUUUGUUCAUUAUACUUUAACAUCUACAUUGUUAUAUAUGAUAAUUUCGUUGGCAACGGUUGGCAGUACGUUUUUGUUUUCGAAUUGUUAUCGUUUCACAGAUCCUUAUCAUUUUCGGACAACUGCUGAUAGGCCGAAUACAAUAUGCAAUCAUCAGACUUACAGCACGAAAACUGGGCUUUUUUCCGUCGUACUUUUAAAAUAUUAUUAUUUUUACUUUUCCUAUUUUUAUUUUACUUUUUUUUUUGUGGAGCGUUGUUUGACAAAAAGAGGUUAUUUUUUAGACGAGUCUAUUUCUAAAGAUGAAUCGUAUCGCUUCAAACCGGUGGUGCGUCAAGAUUCCUACCUGGCAGCAUGUAAAAAGCCCACCAUCAUAGGUGAGCAGCUAUUAGUGACUACAAUAGUUAUAACUAUAAAUAUAAUAAUAUUCCGAUUUUAGAUCGCAAUGUAAAUUUACAUAAUAUUAUUUGAUUAUUAUUUAGUGCGUAAGGUAUACGCGACAGUACUUGUUUAAUAUUCUUUGGCGCAUUUAGGAAAGGAGCAAAAGAAGUAAUUUCCCCGGUUGGAAAGUUUCAAAGGUGUUUCAAUGAUUUUAGGUGGUGAUUCUUAGAAAAAAGAGAAAACAAGGAGCAAGAAAAUUAAAGAAAACGUUUAAGCAUGCGAGUGUCUAUGUAAAUAGGAGAGGGGUGGAAAUAUUACUCUACUCCGAAACUUAAAAUUCCUAGAUGCGCCGCUGAUUGUAUCAUCAUCAUAACUAUGUCACGAGUUUUUUUAAAACACUUUCCCCCUGUUAAAUCGCUUCUUUUUUUUUUUUUUGUCACUACGUUUCUAUGCAUACAAAACGUUAAAAUUAAUAAACGAACAAAUUUGCAGAUUUCAACGCAAUUUCAGAUUAUAAUAUUUUUUAUUUGUCAAAUUUCCAUAUUAUUUAUAUUUAGUUUUUUAUCGUCACCAUCAAUGCAUCGUAUACCAUAUUAUUUUUUUACAUUACCUUGCUGUAGCAUAUAAUAUGUGUAUAUUUUAAUUUACCUAGUAUUUUUUUAUUUUAUUAUUAAUAUUAUUACCAAACAUCCCGCAGUAGUACAUAACUAUAGUAGCAUCAGCGUGGUUUUUUUUUCACUAAAUAUUAUACAAUCGAUGUAUUCAUUAUUAUUUGUGUUGUAGACAUUUGUUCACAUGGUGCAAUAUAUUUUUUUAAAAUGCAGAAUGUAAUUAUUAUUAUUAUUAUUAUUUUUUUUUUAGAACAUGGGCUUUAUUGUUACGUAUAUAUAUACCAAAAACUGACUACUGUCAGAUCCGUAGUUUUUCGUUCCGUUUCAGUAGCGUUUAUAUACCACAGCAGAGCUGUAGAUAUAUAAUUAUGGCCUUGGUGUAUUAGUAUUUAUAGUGAUGUAGUGCACACACACAUAGUGCAGUCUCUAGUGUAGUUACAUUGUAGACGUAGCUAGAGAAUUCCGUAGUGUAAAAUAAUAAUAAUAAUAAUAAUAAUAAUAAUAAUGAAAUUCUGUUGAAAACCCGAUACGGGUAAGGUUAUAUAGCUAUAGCCACUACGCGCUGAAACGUUUUUACGCAUUUUAAAAUAGCUGCUCGAACGCGUGUCGUGUGCGUGUUAUGUAGUCCAAUACUACUCUUCUAUAAUAUAAUAAACACAGGUAGGAAAAAAAAAACCAAAAAAUUCUCCGUUGUGUGGACAAAAACAUAGUGGAUAUGUUUUUAGACUUAAAAGACAAUGCCGUCAAAACAAAUCUGUUUUAAUUUUAAAAUUAUCUUUAUUAAUUAAUUAUCUCUUUCCCUCCUCCCUUCAAAUACACUUUCCAGUGUUGCGAACACAGUUUCCUGCGUCAUAUUUUUCGUAUCACAAAAUAAAUAUAACACGCAAAUUUUCGACCGAAGCCUAGACAAAAAACAUAACCAUGUUAAAAAAAAGCACCCAGGAAAAAAGGACUUGGUCAAUUUUGUAUAGUUUUCUAUAUAAGAAAAUAAAAUUUUGAAAGUAUAUUCGUUUAUGAAAUUUUAGAUUAAAAAAUAAUGGGAAAAAUUACAUUAGUGAAAAUUACGAAGGAGAAAAACGCAUGUAGACGAUUGAUAAUAUUAUAAUACUUUUACUAGACUUGUAAAAAAUCAAAAAAUAACUUCCCCAAUGUGUAAAAAUCGAAUAAACCUCUCUCGUCAUUAUUCGAUCGAAGCAAGACUGAAGAAAGUUGUUCGGAGACGGGUGAAAAAAUGCAGUCAUAGCAGUAAAAUAUGAAAUAAUGGGGAAAAUGGGUUUUUUUUGGUCCUUUCCUCCCCAGAAAGAAAUUGUAAAUACGCCGCCGAGCAGGUCAAUGAAAUAACCGCAACGUAUCUCGUCGGAAAAGCAAGAAGAACCGUGCACAAAGUCUCUCGUUGCAGUCGAUCGCUGAAGCAUUGCCCGCAUACGGCGACGACGUUCAAUUAUUAUUAUUUUCUUUAACGGAGAACUUUUCAACACCUACGCUAAGGAUAAAAAUAACUCAUUGGCCGGGCGCGCUCGCGAAGAAAUCAAAUUUCUAUUCUCCCGCGGAACGUCGUCUCCUAUCGCCGUCGUCAUCGUAUACACUAUUCGCCGAGUUUCGAAAUAAACAGUAAAUACCUACGCCCGCAAUAAUGUUUUACAAUGUGUUAAGUCGCUGACGGAAAUUUUCUCCGAACAUUUCUGGAGACUACACUCACUUUUCCCGGGGUGAUAAGAAAGUGAAAAAAAAAUGUUUAUAAAACGGCAAAAAAUCUAAAUCCAGAUAUACCAAUUUUGAAACGUAAAAAUCUCGUUCAAAUUCCAGUCCCGAUUAUAAUAUACGGCUCCGAGGACAUUAAGUCUUAAUGUCCCGAGUGUAAAAACACCUUUAGAGGUUGAAAAUCCACGUCGGUGGCAUGUCUAUAUUACGAUAGUCCGGGGUCGUAAAUUCGCACCGAUACUAAAUUACGAUUUUAGUAGUCUGUAGUUUUUUUUUUGUUGAAUUUAUGUUUCUUAUCAGUCGGGGAAAAAUAUUAUUUACCUUUUAUUUUCACGUCUCUUGUUAUUAUCUCUUCUACACCGUAGCAAGUUUGGUCGCACAGCGUCUGCAGCACUCGGUGUUAGUUUUUUUAAAAUAACAAAACCGCAAGUCCAUUAUUGUUCUACUACUACUCGAUAUAUAAACUACUACUAUACUAUAUUUAAAUCUCGUUUUUUUUUCACCUCGUAAUUCAAUUCAAGACGCGUCAAUUAUUAUAAUGGUAACACAAUAACGCGCUUACGCAUUCGAGCCGUGAUUUUAUUUUUUAUUUUUUUUUUUAGACAAAACAAUCGCUGACGAAAUUGUCUGCGGGAUAUAAAAGAUUCGAAAAUCAUUUCCGGUUUGACCCGCUUUCCAACGUAGUAACGCGCGCUACAGUAUAUACCAAAAUAUAUUUGCAUUGAAUUCGGUACUAGUUUUUUUCUUUUUUUUAUAUAGGAAAAUAAUAUCGAGAGAUAUGCAUAUCAUCGGUUUAUUUUCUGCAAAUCGCCGUUUUCGUACGUUAUUCGGGGUUUUUUUUGUAUUCUAGGCGAAGAGAAAGUUAUAAAAAUACUCAUUCGUGAACGGUAUUAUAAGUAGUAAUAUAUUUUUAGGUGUUCGAAACACGAAAAAAAAGUACACCCGAAAAAUGGCAAUUCGCGUAGUUUUUAUUUUUUAUUUUCCUAAGUUCAUAAAUUAUAAUGUGAUUUGGAUUCGUGAAAUAAUAGGUGCAGUAAUACGACAUGGUCAAAGAAGAUGUUUAAUAUUAGAUAAUUAUAAUUGUUAUAAUUUUUUUUUUUUUUUUGUUAAAUAUAAUAUACGAAAAUAUUAUAAUGAUAAUUGUGUGUGUGUGUGUGUGUAAAGAGCGGCGAAACCAGAGACCUAUGGAAAACGGCGCGGAAAAGUCGAAAACCCGCCGGCGGAACACGCGGCCGAUGCGCCUCGAGCUGCCCAAGGAUAAGCCGGUCGAUUUUGCCGCGCAGUCCACUGGCUCCACCAGCCAAGGUUAGCCUGUUGUGUUUUACACCAGAAACAUAGAGUGGUGAUAAGGAAAAAAAAUGAGCAAGAGAGAGAGAUAUAAAAACGACGGAGACGGAUGUGGCAUUAAUAACAAUAAAUAUAUAUAUAUAUAUAUAUAUAUAUAUAGCGUUUAUGAAAAAAAAGAACGAAAAUGCUCCUUCUUUUCUAUUUUUCCUAUACAUACUUACAUACUAUACUACUCGUGCCUGCUGCAAGAGAGGCCUUAACACAGUUUAAUAUAUUUUAUUAAUUUAUAACCGCGAUUUGAACAACGUGAUGGAAACUUACAACUGUAUAGGUGCAUACCUUUACAAUCGAUUCGAUCCGCCGAUAUUAUUCACACAGCACGUACCAUAAUAAUAAUAUUAUAUACAUCAUCAUCAUCAUCAUCACUAACUAACAACCUGUACACUAUAAUAUUAUGACAGAGACGAUCGGGAUGAACACUUGUGUAUAAUAAUAAUGAUAAUAUAAAUAAUAUUAUUAUUAUCAUUAUCAUAAUAACAUUUUGCGCGAGAUUAUUAUAUAUUUAUAACAGUAUAAAAUAAUAAUUAGGUGUAUACAAAUUACAUCGAAUUUAAUAACUAAAGUAUAAUAAUAUACUCUUGUGAACGAUUAUCAAGUAAUGCCCCCGUAAUAAUAACAAUCAUAACGAAUCUUAAUAUAAUAUAUUAGGUUAUCUGCCAAUACUCAGCGAUGUUUAAUAAGCGAGUAGUGUAUUGUUUUACAAUGGUAUUUUUAUUUUCUGCAGUGAACAACUUUUCUACUAGAAAUUUUCUUCCGAUUUUCAAAUGUAGCACUUUUUCUGAAAAUACAUUUUACUGAUGUACUUUAGAAAUGUCAUUCUCAUUUAUUGGUUUUCUCAGAUUUCAUAAUAAAUGGGAAAAACCGAAAAAAUCCGUGGGGAUAAUGUAUAAAAUGCAUUAUUUUCAAAUCAUUAAUAUUACUGCCUUUAAAAACAUGUGAAACCUAAUUCCGCUCAGAAUCGUUUUUCGUUACCAAAAAUUAAUAUUUGCGUACAGAUAUACAUACAUUAAAAUUUUCCUCUGCUUUUUCAACUUCUCACCUACAUCAGUGGCCCACCAAUCGUUCAAAGUAUGUCCUUUUUUUUUUUAACAACACAAUUCAUCACGUAUACCCUCUUAUUUUUCAUAUUUUACUAUUUUUUCCCUCAUUUUUCGUGGUACUUAUUUAUACGACUAUUGUGAGUUUCAAAAAUUACAGGCAAUUAAAAAUAUUACCUCGAUAAUAAUAUUGUAAAUCGUGUGUUUAUGAUUUUCUGUAUGGUUUUUUUUAUCACCCUACGUAUUAUCGUGAAUUCAGAGUAAUUUGAUUCGUAGUGUUACAGAUUAUGCUCGUAAUAGUUUUACAUUUUUCAAAACACAUUCAAAAUGCAUUUUUUUAAAUUACUGGUUUCCCUGAUGAUUAAAUUGCAAACUCGUAUAUCAUUCGAUUUUUUUUUUAAUUUUUAUUUUCGUCUGGCAUCAGCUGUUUGCGACAGUCGUGAACGUUACUUAAUUGAAUCGCUUAAAAAAAAAAAUAAACAAUAUUUUCAAUCUACCCUUUCCCGCCUAUUGUUUAUAUAGUCAUUAUUUAUCGAGAAGAUACGAUACGACGACGACGGUCUGCCGCCUCGAUUAUUAGCAUUUACUAUCUACAUCACAAACUAAUAUAUGAAACCUUAUACCAAUUAAUCAGUGCUGAUUAUUAUGUACACUAUUGUAUAUUAUAAUCGCAGUCUUGUACAUACAAAAUGUAUAUAAUAAUAAAAAAAAAAUCGCGUGCACGAUACUAAUAUUAAAUAUGAUAGAGCACGAUAUCAUAUAGCUUGUCGCCGACGCUUUUUUUAUUAGGCACUUCAUUAAUACAAAUACAUAUUUUGCAUGUUUUGUUCUCCGCUGUUGGUUUUGCACUCUAAAAAUUACAUACCUAUAUUAUUAUAAACAUCUCAUCGACAAUAUAAUAGUCAGUUCUGUGCAAUAACAAGACUGUAGCUCCAUUUUUUUUUUUUUAACAAAAUGUAUGUAAUUAUUUCAGUAAUUUCCGAUCGUGAAAAUUGUAUAAUGUCAAUUUUUCAUUUGGAUGAACGAAUUCUAUGCUGUUAGUUUUAAUAUUAUUAAUAUGAAUUUGCCUAUUAUAAAACUUAAAGAUACGGACAUUGACAGUACGUUGGUUUUUUACGAUAUUCUAAUUUUUAAGCGAGGUACGAUCAUUUGUUAAAUGUAAUAUUUCACGUACCUAUUCAUAUUUCGCUUUUAAAUUAAAAUAUCGAAAAAACCAACGUACUAACACUGAUAAUAAGCCAAUUCACUCUUGUAAUAUUGAAACUAUAAAAGCACAAAAUUAGUUCUGCUGAAUGAAAAUAUGGCAUUAGACGUAAAAUUCAUAUCUCUACGUAAACUAGAUAAAUCCGAUUAUCCGAAUGUAGAAUAGGUUAUAACGUGAUUCAAUAAAAUUCUGUAGGAAAAAAUAAACAAGAUGAUAACUUAAUGUACCAAUUAAACAUCUUGAACGAAAACGAUACAAAUCGAGUAAAGUUGCAUAUUUUUUUCAUUGUGGUCUAAUAUAUAGCUAAAUCAAUUUUGUAAAUCCACAAUUUUAUUGUAAACUCGAAAUUGUUUAAAACAAAUUUUUUUGUUUCUUUAAAAUUUUUGAAAACUUGGAGCCGUUCGUUUAUAUUGCACUGAACGCUUAUUAUAACACUUAUCAAACAAUUUGUUUUGUUUUUGUUCUACUUACGGUAAAGUUUAUUUUAUCGUAUAAUAUACAUAAUAUAUGCGGUUUAAUUUCCAUAUUCCAAAUAAUGAUACUAUUAUGUUUUAACGCGGUCGAAUUUCUUUUGUUGUCCCGCGUAGUGUCUGCGGAUGAUACGCCAGAAACGGCCGAAAACGUCGAACUGCUGCAAAAACCAUGCGAAACGAUCACGUUGAGACAGAAUAAUAACUUGAAUAUGUUUGAUCUUAAUGGUGAGGGGACCGCUAUACCUACAUACAUAUAUUCAUUAUCUAUACCUUAAUAAUAUUGUCUAUUGCUAAUAAUUACAUACUAUACAUAAUAUUGAUUCCGAUCGUGUUAUUUAUAUACAUUCUAAUAAUGCACGUUUUUAACGCGUUAAAACAACAAUUUUUUUGUUUUGUAUACCAUAAUAUAAUAACGUAAUAUUUUAAUUUAUCGUUGCCGUGCCGUGCAGAAGAAGAGCGGACCACCAGACGGAUAUCAUACCUGAAAGCGACGGCCUGGGGCGACCGCAUGAGCGUCGACGAUCUCACAGUCGAAUCCGAGUCCGAACCCACGUCCGCGGCUAUAGCUCAACCGACAAAGUAAGUAGAACAAGUUAUUUUAGUUCAUUCUCUCGGUUACAUCAUUUUCACGUCAUCACAAUAUGAAAAGUAAUACAUUAUGUGUACCUAGUAUAUACUAAUGUAUCAAAAUAUGUAACCAGGUCUUACCCGGGCCUGCAGGGUUAACGUAUAGGCGAAGCAGGCACGUACCUAUAGAGCUAGGCAAUAGCAGGGGAUAUUUUAUUUCUAGUAAUACCCUAAAUAAUUAAGCAUAUCAAAAUGUUAACAUAAUUUUGAAUGAAAAAGUUCGAAUCGUUUAUAACUGUAUUAGGAUAAAUUACAUAAUUGCAUAGGUAGUUAAUCCGAUUCUAAAUAAUUUAUGACAAAUGUAGAAGAAGAUAUUACAAAUAACAAAUACGUAUAAAAUUCCACCUAAAAAAAAAAAAAACUGCAUAUUCAAUUCAUGUUUCAGAUUAGAGUAUAAACAACUGUUUGAACAGAUAGAGCUUUAUAACUAAUUAAAAAUUAAUUAUACUACUGAAUACCAUUUAUUUAGACGAUACACAAAUAAUGAUGUUGGCUCACAAAAAGUUAGAUAAAGGAUAUUUUAAAAUCUAAAUAGACGAUUUGUUUAAUUUAAAUCAUGUGUUCACAUUUUUUUCCCCCUAUCAUUACUACAGACAAAAUAUUAAAGGUUAAAAAAGUGAGCAUUUUUCUUAUAUAAACUUAACGGGCUAUUAAAGAAUAUGACGUGCCUAGGGCUAUGCUUAUGCUGGGAUACAGUCACUUCUCCCCGGGUGAUAAAAAUAAUGACCAAAAACCGAGUUCAUGUGUACUUUGAAGAUCUUUUAGACCUCACGUCUAAGCUCCAAACCUGAUAUUACUCCUAAGAAUUUUUAUGUCCUAAAUGUAAAGCUAAAAUUUUUAGUGGUUGAAGGCCACACCCUGUGUAAAUAAAAGGUAAGAGGCAAAACCCAUAUAAGGUAAGUCACAUUUUGAAGUAAAGAAUAGUCGACAAUUUUGUUUGUCGUAAUCCAGGGCCGUUAGCUUUAGAAUUCGAACCUAUACUAAAUUCAAAUUUUUUCUAGUUAUUUUUUUUUUUAUGCGCUUACGUUUCUUAUCACCCGAAGAGAAGUAAUAUUAUUUAUCUUAUUUGGGCUUAAUCCCGGCCUGUAUAGUGUAUAUACCUGCAAUGGGUAUUUAUAAUGUUAUAAUUAUGUUUAAUAUUAUACACGAUAAGUUUUUUGUAAUAAAUAUAUACAUGAAAAAUGUGUGCAGAAUGCAAAAAAAAUGGCGCGCGCCGUUAUUUCCAGGCGACAUACAAAGGUUACGGCGACUUUUCGAAGAUGCCGCUGCAAGUUGUGACCGCGGGUUCGUCUAAAAAAAAAAAACUAAAUAAAAAAUAAUUUAUUUUUUCUGUGUGUGAUUAUUUAACUCGGUUAGUGCCGCAGUAUAUUAUACUUUAUUACAUUUCUCCGGGACUAUUGCAGUAUUAUAUUGAUACGUAUCAUAAUAUUAUAUUAGACGACUAAUAUUAUUAUUAGGUAUUAUACUUACCAUGCGUAUUAUAUACUUAUAGUUAAAUUGCAUAUUUUAUUUGUAUUUAUAAUAUUUUAUUUUGAACGUGUUUUUUUUUUUUUUUGUGUGCUUGUAAUAUUAUGUUGCGCAGAAACUUUAUCAUAAAAAAAAAAAAAUUCGCGACUUUUAUAUGUGAAACAUCCUAAUCAAAACGUUAGGGCAAUUGAUUUUGAUUUUGUGCCAGGGCAUCGUUAAUAAAUAAUCAUUUUCGAUCAAUAAAAUCCAUAAUUUAUAGAUAUCUAAUCAUAACAGCGGUUUUAAUGGUUUCCCGAAAAAGAAGACGAAAUGGUCCAAUUAUUUUGUUUCGCGUGUGCAUUACCCUCUCCCCCCCCCUUUAUACUUUCGAAUACGUCAUUUUGUGAAUUUAAUUUCGAUUUAUCAUGUUGUCAUUAUUGUUAUACGUAUUACCCGAACGGGAACACAAAUCAAAAAUACAAAUAAAAUAAAUCGUUUUAAAAACAAAAAACGUGUUAUUUAGAUCGAAAAACUAGAUAAAACUUUUAAUGGUUUGAGUUUGACGGAUUUUAAUUUUAUAAACGAAUUUGGAUUGAUUAACUAGGUUUACUAGGUUUUGACGUAGGUAAUUUUAAAUAUUCCGAAAAUUGUAUGUGAUAGUAUUGUUCGUCGAUAAAAUAAAAAUAGAUAUUUUGAAAUCGCCUCCGUCACAAUCUAGUGAAAUAUGUUACAUAGUUAAUCAAUCAAAAACCAUUAUCAAAACUAAAAAACGUCAAACCCAAAUCUAAACAUUUGUGUCCGGUUUUUUGGGUUAAAACGUCAUAUUCGUUCGUAAUCUUCCCACUUAAAUGGGGAUUGGACAAUAGAUUAAAGGAAAAGUCUUAUCGUUCAAAUAAAGAAGAAAAAAAUUCAAAUUUUACAAAACAAGUCUCGAAAUCACCCCUAUUUAUAAUAUAUAUUACAAAUUUACCUUUAAGAAUAAGCCACACGCCCGCAUGUGCUUGUCUCCGUUGUACUAACGCACAAUGUAGCAAAUUUAAGUUCAUCAGAGCCAAUUCUGUACUGUUAGUUUUAUUGAUAAAGAGUGAAUUGAACUACCAUUAUAUCAAACUUAAAUAUAAGAUAAUAAUCUGUGCGACUUCGUCGAUUUAUUUUUCGAUAUUCUAAUUUUUUAGUGAGAUACGACUAUUUGAAAUAUCACAGUUUAAAAAUACUUAUGUCUCGCUUGAACACUAAAAUAACCAAAAAAAUUGACGUAGGUACACAGAUAAUAUUCUUAACUUUGAGUUUGAUAAUAGUCAAUAGGCAAAUGAUCGCUCUAAUGCUAUAAAACCAACUGCAGCACAGGAUUCACCACAAAUUUACGAUGUCGCGCGUUCGUGUGACGGAGACGAGAGAGCAUGCAGGUGACGCAUCCUCUUAACAUUACCUUCUAUUUUAAUAUUAUUUUAGAAUACGAUAUUUUAUAGGGUUCGCGCUAUAGUAAUAUAAUGAAUGUUAUUUAUUGUAUUUCUGAACUAAUAACGUAUAAUAGUGUAAUUAUAGGUGCUGGUGUUAUUUUAUAGGGUUCGGGUGUGCAGGUUGCGUUUGCACAUUUGUUUACUGAUAUUCCGGUAUUACUUGCGGAUUUAUUGAAACGCCGAAGAUUAAGUUUAAAUAUUCGUUUCGUAAAUAUUCUAAUUGAAAUCUUUAAAGAAAAAUUAGCGGAACUUUUACACAGUUUUCAGUAUAUUUUCAAAUAACAUACCUACGGAAAACAAUUAACAACCGUAUUGUUAAACAUUUAUUUGAUCUUAUAUUUCUAUAAUUUUGUUAUUAUUAUUUUAAGAGAAAAUCCGUUGGUUUAUAUGCGCAACGCUUCAAGCGACUUUACUGCAGGUGUUUUUUUUUUUUUACUGUAUUAUCAUCCGAGCCCUAAAUUAAUACUAUACAAUAUUCAAGUAGAUUUUGAAUGUCCCGUGAAUUUGGAAAAAAAUAGAGUGUGUUUAAUAGAUUGUUUUUUUUUUUUUACAUAUAUAUAUUUAAUGACGUGUAUGUAUAUGAGUAAAUCUCGCAGUUGUCUUUUGCAAUUAGAUUAUUUUAGGUAUAAUUUUUUGCUCAUAUAGUGAAUUAAAUUAUCGUUAUCAGUUUGUUUUAUCGUGUAAAAUAAUAGUAUAGUCGCUGUAUAGUUAAAGUUUAGUCUCCUGCAUGGCGAUGAUUGUUAGUCGUGUCUAUACGUGUUUAAUUUUGGAGCAUUGUCAAGGUCACCCUUCGAGAGUAGAUAAACGAUGUUGACGGGUCGGCAUUAAAAAAAAAUUUUUUUUUCGAGUGAUCUUUUGGACGUCAGAAACGUCGGACCACGCGAGGUGUUUGUUUUAGUUAUUUUUUAUUAUUAUUCUUAUUAUUAAUAAUAAUGUACAGGAACGUAGGCAAUUUAAUUAUACGGCAGCAGUAUUCGGUAUACAGGCAUGUUUAAACCUGACAACAAUAAAACCGUUAACAAUUUAGAAUAACAUAAUUUGAAAAAUAACCCAACGAAAAAAGGAAUUUUUCGAGGGAAAAUAUCAUAAUAAUAUGUAAAUAAUUAACAAGAACCGGCUUGUCGAAACACGAUCGAUUUUGACUCGGGAGCAGUGUCGGACUCUUUUGAUCACGUCGAAAGAACAAAAAUUAUUUCGUAUCAUUCGCGUCUUUUACCGUUAACGUUAAGCAUCAAAACGCAUUCUGCAACAGCGUAAAAUUCAAAAAACUAAAAAAAAAACCUAAGAACGCCUAAGAACCAGAAAAUCUUGUCGUAAUAUAUCGUAGUAAAAAUGUGUUUUUUAACGAAUUUUCACUGUAAAAACAACCCUAAUCGCGAUUACUGCGCGUCGGCCACAGACAUCGUGUACUACGGUUUUUCGUAAGUCGACGAACGAUUUAAAAAAAAAAACAUAUAAUUUUAUAUAAUACGAGUAUAUAGUAUUUUAAUAGGUUUUGUGAUAUAGUGUGUUUUCGCUUUUAAUCGAACCUUGCCUCAAGGACGACUAAUAUUUUACACCCGUAUCCUUGGGAUUUGUUUUGGUGUAUUUCGCUUAUACGUACGUAUAAUAUUUUAUCGCAAAUCCCCACUAAUUGUUGACCUCUUAACAAAUCCAUAUUUAAAAAAAAAAAAAACCGAUAAAACACUUCCGAUCGAUCGAUUAAACAAUCGCCAGUACUCGGAUUUCAAUAUCCUGUCUGUCGUUUCAAACGAAAAUCUUUCGUACGGCGUCAAGAAGCACGUCCCUUAUUAUUUUUGCGUACUGGCUGUCGACGAUCAUUUUUAUUUAUUUAUUUUUUUUAAUUAAUAUUAUAUUAUAAUAUAUAGGUAGAUAUAUCAUAAUAAUUCGGUAGAUAAUUUUGUCGCCUCGCGGGAUUUUAUCGAUUUAUUUCUUCUUGUAUUUCGCAGCAAAAUAACGAGCAAUUUAUUAUAAUAAUAAUUCCCGCGCGAUUCUCUCGGGAUUUUCUUCGUAUUUUUUUUUUUUGUAUAUUCGCCUGUCACACGAUGGCGAACGAGCUAUGACGUCGUCAUGUUUUGAAUUCUUUUGGAUUUCAAGUUCACAGCGCCGCGGGUAUAAUAUCCGUUUGGUUAAACAUUUUCUUGACGUUUUUUCUCGGUUCCCCGAGGCUGCUGCUCCACGUUCCGACGUGUAAUCCGAUACAAUAUAAUAAUAAUAUAUAUAAUACCCAUUUUCCGUGCGUUACAAAAUAACGAAAAUAAACAACCGUCGAGACGCCACCGUCGUACGACUAUAAUAAUAUCGUUGUUUUUUUUUUAUUAUUAUUGUGAUGUCGUUCCUCUUUCUUCCGCGUUCGACGUGCUGCGGUGUGCUAUAUAAUAUAUAAUAAUAUUAGCUAGCGUUACAUAAUACGAAUUCAGAGUUAGGCACGGUUUCAAACGGAGGCGACUUGAUUGUGGUUUUGGUGGUUCACUGUACCGCCAAAAAUGUACGGGUGUGAUAGGUGUUGGAUCCUUCAAAUGUCAACAUAAUUCAUAAGCUGCAAAGUUCAUGUAAAAUUCUAAUAAUUUAUAAUAGUAUAUAUAUAUAGCCAUCGGUGUAAUGUAAAGGUAGCAGUUUCAUCUAAAAAAAAAAAAAAAACAGAUAAUAUGUUUUCCUAUUUUCUAUGCAUUACUUACAUUUGAUAACGAAUUAUGAUUUAUGUUUCUUAAGGUCUUUAUAAUUUAUUUAUUUAUUAAUAAUUCAAUAUUAAUUUCAAGCAGUACAUUUUACAUAUAUUUACCAAUAUCACUAUUUACCAUUCUUUAGUUACUACCAAAUAUAAUUAUUUAAAAUCUCCAAAUAAGACCGACCUAAUAAAUUACUGAUAAUAAUAAUAUUUAAAUACAAAAUAGGAAAUUUGUAAAUAAUUACUUCGACAAAAAAAUCAAGUCAAAUUAACUAUCUAAAUUGUCUAGACUGACUUUUUUUUUUAUCUAGAUACUAGAUACCGCACACAACUGUUAACUAUACAUUUUUUUCUAUUAUUUCAAGAAACAAAUAAUAAUUAUUAUAAUCAGUAAAAUAUUUGUUUCAAAUCUUAGAUACCUAACCUGGCACAUUGUAUUUUUGUACUUUAAGUAUAUAUAAAAAAAUUAGCAGUGUAUAGACCUAAAAAAAUAUUUAUUUUUUUUAAAUUUUACGGAGUGUGUUAUACUUGCGCGGUGGGUUGAGUUAUAAUACUAGUUAUUUAUACUAUUUGAAUCACCAAAUAAAGUACAUAAAGCCAUCUCUGGUUCCGAGUCGUCAAAUUUUAAAAUCCUAUGUAAAAAUAAAAGGAAAUAUACAAAACAAAGUGUUCGUUUCCGUCAUUUUUAUUUUAAAAAUUAUUCAAUAGUGUAAUAAUGUGUAAACAGUUUUUUUUUUUUUUUUACGUGUAUAUAAGAAUUUUGGAUUUUCCAAAUAUAUUUUUCGAACAUUUUCUCCGUCUCUGAACCACUGCAAAACGAACUCAUUGUUAUUACUGGUUGUUACCAUACAGUAAACGAUAAGGUUAGGCCAGUUAAUCGCGAAAAAUUUGACGUAAAAAUCCUUCAAACGGUCAAUUAUUAAUCGUUAUUAUUUAGUUUUUUCAUUUGGUCGGUGCCGGUGGCCUCCGUAUGGGUCACUCGUCGAUUCUAUAAUCGAUUUCUAGAGUCUGGCACGCGACCCAGUCCCGAGCCCGCAUUUAAAAUUUAUUUUCGUUAUUAUCUACGUGUGUAUACACACAUCUGCUACUUUUUUAACUCAUGAAUAAUAACGUACUUUUUUAGUUUUCAACAUUAUUAUUAUUAUUUUUUUUUUACCGUUUAAUAUACAAUAUGUAAAUGACUUGUAAAGUGCAGUGAUGUAUAUACCUAUUGCGAAGACAUUUUCCCCGUAAACCUGCGUGGUUUUUCCUCCAUCCAAAGAGACUCAAGAGAAAACGUUCGCUGUUUCCGUGUCAUUCCCUCCACUCAUAUUACUAUAUAGCUGCAAAAAUGUAUAAAAACCGCUAUUUUUUUUUCUUAAUAACUCUAUUAAUAUUUAAUAAUAGUAAAGCCUGGUCUACAAGAUGAUAUAUUGUAUCAUGAACUAUCGUAAAAAUCAUUACACAAUCGUGCACGCGUAAUUUAGUUGAUGCCUAUACUGUCUUGAGAGUGAUAGUUACUAUCGCAGUGUGAAUACAUAACUUACGUAUAAGUAUAUAUAUUAUUAUACUAUCGUUAUAUUUUACUGUCUUGACGGCACUUUCGCAGACUAAGUUUCUAUAUAGAAAUGCAUACUCAACCGCGAUGUUAAUCAUGUCUUCCGCGAUAUUAUCAUCGUGUGGACCAAGCCUAAUAAUAGUGCUUUCGGCGUAAAACACUAAAGAACUAUUAGUAUACAAAAUAAUAUGGACAUGCGAUACGGACAAUAGAUUAUUAUAUAUACGAGACAUUUCGCAACUAUGACAUUUGCCAGCUAUGUAUAAAAACAUAAUAUAUAAUAAUCAUGUUAAUUUCGAGACAUGGCGUGUUGUAAAAAAAAAAAAAAAAAAAAAACGGUUUUAAUUGCUUUUAUAAUAAUAUAUGUAUACGUUUUUUUUUUUUUUUUCUAUAAUGUCCGACGCGUACUAAUAUGGUGAUAUUAAUAUUAUUUUUAUGUCCCAUAUAGCAUACUAGGAACGAAGAAAAACGGCGGACCUCCGUUCCAGGACCUCGGCAACAGCCGCGUCAUCAAGGAAGGAUCGUUGCUCUGCAAAGUGAUACAGAUCGACGGCAAAGUAAGAGUGUAUUGAAUUUUGAGCUUUAUAUAAUAAAAAAGGAUAAAAAUAAUAAAACCUUUUUUUUUUUCUUUACUCAUUCGUGUUUACCUCAAUGUUAUAAUAGAAAGCAUGCGAUCGGUCGUGGAAACCGGUGUGGGCCGUUGUACGUGGACAGACGUUGUGUCUGUACAAAGAAAAACGAGAGUCUGUGCCUAACAUUUCGAUCAACGUGAGUAUAAUAAUAUAUGGAGAAAAAACUUUUUUUUUUUUUCAUUGUCUCGCGCGGAUUUAUAUACUCUUAUUAUUGUAAUCGGUAAGAUUUUAUCUUGCGAUUUUGUCUUUACUUUCUCCCAAUUUUAAAAUCGCCUUAUGAUUUGUUUACGUAUACUUGUAUUCUGUUUCUAAACAACUUUUCUUCCAGAAAUCUCGGUCCAAUUCAGAAACUUUAUAAAAACUUUCUUGUGAAAUUUUUAAUCUGGACUGUAUGCAUUGGAUAGGUUAUUUUUUGAUUUCCAUCGUAUUUUUCCCAAUAAUAAAUGCCUAGGUUAUCUGACAAUUUUUUUGUUAAUUUCCGGGUUACCCGUGCAACUAUUGUGAAAAAUCCGACUAAUAAUACUCUGCUCAGAAUAGUUUUUCGUUAUCAACGGUUUAUCGUUGCAUACCAAUGUAAAAAAAAUUACUCUGUGUAUCGUCCCUUCAAACAUCCCUCCUAUACUGGCACGCCCAUCAGCAGUAUCGUCAUUUUUUCUAAAAGUUUCAAACGGUAUUGCAUUACACAACGGUUAUAUACAUCAAUAUUGUUCGGAGCUUUCGUGAUACAUCAUCAAAAACGGAAUAGCCAUCUGGUUUUUUCGUUUCUGUGGUGCGUGGCACGCGCCGCCGCGAAUUUAUUAUGUGCUUGACUGGCCAUAACAAUAGGGGCACACGCCGCUCGCGAUUAAAAUUACUACUACCGGUAAUACAGUUUCCAUCCGAACGUCACCCGGUCAUCUUGUAUAAUAAUUAAGUACGUUUGAAAAUAGUCAAAAUGAACCGAUUUUGUUCGCCGGAUAAACGUUUGAGGUAUUCUUGUAUGCCGGCGUGGUUUCGCGCGUCCACUAGAAGACCGCGGCUCAAACGAUGGUCUUCUACCGGUUCUUGGGUACGUGCUGAUAAACAAUUUUACUCAGAUUAACGCCCGCUACACUUUGAAACAGUUUUUUUUUUCUUUUUACAAUUUAUGUGUAUUAUUUUUUAUAAUUAUUUUAUUUUUUUUUUUUAAGACGCCCACUACGUUAGACAAAACGGACGAAGUAAAUCUGUCUUGCGAUCGAAUCAACUUGAGAACGUCCACAACGGACGUGGCACACGAUUAUACCAAAAGGAAGCACGUUAUGCGACUUUCUUCUAGCAUUUCCGAUAUGGGCUGUACCGAAUUGUUGCUCCAAGCUGACGAUACGUGUUCCAUGGUGCGCUGGUUAAAAGCUUUGCAAGAACAAGCUCUCGAGACCCAGCCCGCGUCGUUAUCCGCAGAAGAAGUAAGCAACCGUGUCUAUAAUAUUACCAUUGAUAUUUUAGCUUAUUAUAAAAUAAAAUGUGUAAGAAAAACUUAACCUAUAGUAUUAUUGGUUGUAAUUUGUAAUCCACAAAUGGUUUUCAUUUAAAAAAAAUCAUUGUCAAUUACCUCAUAAUAGAUCAAAGUCAAAAAAUAAAUAAAACGCGACUGUAGUAUAUAAAAUCAUAAUGAGAAUAGAUAUAUUAAAAAAAAAAACCCUUAUAAUAUUUUUUAUUUUUAUAACAUUUAUUUAUUUUGAAUUAUUAGGUAUAAACCAAUUUGAUUCUGUUAGUUACUUAUGUUGUUCUAACGUAGGGUUUUUUUUUAUUUUUCUCCAAAACUAUAUUCAGUGUUUGAACGUCUCGCCGGGAAAUACUAAGAGCAUCCGUAAACUAACAACAUUAAGAAACCGUUCGCCAACUGGUGGCGAUUCUCCAAUUACCAAGACUCGCAAGCCGGACCGUAGUCCUAGCCAAGCACAACCUCAGUCUCCUAAAUCGACCAACACAUGGAAAAACCGUAUGGCUAAACAACUGAAAAAAAUUCAACAGGGAUCCGGGUCACCAGUGUCCCCAGUUAUGCCUGCACUACCCCCUCCACCAGGCACCACUAUCGGUAUUCCCCUGGAACUUUGCCCACCGGUAAGGAACAAUGAAAAAAAAAUUUAUUUCAGAAAACUAUUAAUUUUAUUUUAUUUUAUGAUUUUUUGAAUUAUGUAUUUACUAUUUUUUUUUACUAUUUAUAGUCUACACAAUUGGAGUAUGUACCAUUAAUAGUGGAAGUAUGCACAUCGAUUGUCGAAGACAAAGGGCUGGACAUAAUCGGUAUUUACAGGUAUGCGAUUUGUAUUCAUCAAAUUUCCUAGCAAAAUUAUUGCAUAAUGUGUCGUCAUUAUUAUUUCUAGAGUACCAGGCAAUACAGCCGCUAUAACUUCCCUGACUGAAGCGGUCAAUAAUGGUGGUAUGGAAACCCCAGAGAUGGCUGUUAAACUCUUACAGCGCGAUCCUCGUUGGACCGAUGUAAAUGUAAUAUCCAGCCUCUUGAAAUCAUUCUUCAGAAGACUCCCUGACGCUCUACUAACAACCGAAAUGUAUCCCCAUUUCAUUGAAAUUGAUAAAAUUGAUGAUCCAGUUCAACGAAUGGUUAAACUCCGUGAACUAGUAUGUACACAUUUUGUGUUUUUAUUUAUAUAAUAGUUAGAGACAGUGAUAAAAAAUUAUUUAUUCUUAGGUACACAAAUUGCCCGACCACCAUUUCGAAACUUUAAGGUAUUUGUUGAUGCAUCUUAAAAAAAUAGUUCAUCACAGUGGAGUCAACAAAAUGGAAGCACGUAACUUGGCAAUUGUGUUUGGUCCUACACUGGUUCAUUCGGCUAAUGAUAAUAUGGUCACUAUGGUUACGGAUAUGAGUCAUCAAUGCCGUAUUGUGGAAUCGCUAAUAUUACAGGUAAUAACUUAUAUGAAUACAUUUUAGAAAAUUUUAGAAUACAUUUUAGUUAAAACUUUUAAUUUUUGUUUACAGGCUGAUUGGUGUUUUGGCGAUGGCGAUGUGGCAGAUCUUACAGCAUCUAUACCUGAAAACUGUGGACAGGUCCCUGAAAUUGAACAAUCUGCUCCAAAUCAAAAUCUUUUGGAUAACAUAAACAAAGUUUCCGGAAAUCAAUAUACGCCUUUUAUGGCUAAAGAUCUUGUGACUAAUAUUGUUGCUGCAGCUAAUCGUAAAAUGCAUCGAGCUACGGGCAAAAAUUCCAUGACAUCGCGAAAGUCUCGUUCCAAUAUAUCAAACAAUGUGGUUUCCCAAACUAGUAUACCUCCUAAUGUAACCGAUGUUAAACAAGUAAGAUUGUUAAACAAUAUUUAUUUUAAAUUAUAGUCAAUUAUAAUCAUAAUUUUUGUUUUAGGAUAUUGUAUCCAAUAAAGACAAACUAAAUAGCUCUAAGGCUAGUUCAGAAACUGUGUCAACUGCUAGUCUUAAUGAAUCUGAAGACAGUCUUGAACGUCUUACAUCCAAUGAUCAUAGUAUAGAUUCACUUCCUCAAAAUUCUUCCGGUGCUCCUAUUAAGACUUAUGUAAAUUUAGCUGAAACCACUCAAGAAAGAGUAGAGCGGUUCGAACAAGAAACUAAAGCAAUGCUUCAACGAGAAAUUAACAGGGGUCAAAGAAGGAGAGAGUAUUUUGGACUUGAUGAACCCGUAAUUCAACCCAGUGAAGCAUUAAUGUUAGCUAAAGAUUAUCCACCUGGUAAAUUUAAUAUUUUAUGAUUAAUUAAUAUGAUGUUGAUAUUGGAAAUUGUUUUUAUUUUUUACUUAAAGUUAUGAUCAAAGUAUCAAAAGGAACAGCUAAUGGUACCUGUGAACAAUUAAAUGAUUCAGACUCGAAAAACAAUCAGAAGCGAUUGAAAACUAGUAUUGAAAGUGCUGAUGAAUGGUCAGUAGAUUCACUCAGUGAUGGUUCGAGAAUGCCUAAAGAACGUCCAAUUAGUCAUGCAUCGGACGAAGGUAAAAAUUACAUUUUAUUUACAUCAUAAUUAUAGAAGAUGUCGCAAUAGUAAUUAUUAAUUAUAUUAUAUAAAAUGUAUCUAAUAAUAUUAUCUUUUUAAGCAACUAUUCCUUAGUUAAAAUUGUAGGUGAAAGUUAAUAUGUAUUUUUAAUGAUACCUUAUAGAAAAAAAAAGUGUUGCGCUUUUUACACACACACAAAUAAGUUUACUAUUGCGCAUUUUUAAGUAAUUUCCAAACAUGUGCAUUGUUGCACAUCUAGCUCAAGCAUUAUUGUUUGCGAGAUUCAUUGGAAAAAUUUACAGCAAAUGGUAACAUACACCAGCACUUAAGUAACAAACGACAAGGAUGGGUUUUCGGCACAUCCCUUAACCAGUAUCCGCAUUACUACUACUACCAACCUGAAAGGUUCUUAUUAUACAUUUAGCACCAGUGUCUUUUGAUCGAUUAACACAAUUUUGUUAUUAUUUACAUACUACAGUGCAUAUUAUUAUAUAUUGCAUACAGUAGAAAUUGUUUAAUACAUCAUCAAAAGGUGAUGAACACAAUUUGGUCAUAAAAAUCAAUGAGUUAUAAUUGGCAAAAACUUAAUGUAUAUUAAGUUUCUAAUUUUAAAAAUAAUACAAUUUUAAGAUAUAAAUAAUACAAUAAUACAAAUUUUAAAUGAAUAUGUAUAUAUAUAUAUUAUUAACUUUUUAUUGCUAGCUUGCCUAUUCUUUUUUUUUAAUUUAUAGGCUAUAUUAUUAAUUUUUUAAUUUAUUUUCAAUUUUAUUAAAACCAAUAUUGUGUUUUUUUUUUCUAAAAUCACUGUUGAAGUGUUGACCUUUUCGAAUCUGAUUUCCAUCAUUUCUUUGUUUACAAUAAUAAUUCAUCAUUUUUAUUUUAUAGCCAAUAAUAUGGAGGUUAUAUUUAAGUAUUUUGUUUCGAGUCAAUACAUUUUCUCUAAUUAACAUGCAAAUUUGUAUUAAACUAGUUCUACUGUAUAUUAGAUUUGUAUAAUAUAUUAUAUGUAUACUUUAUAAUUACUAACCCUUUGCUUCUUACUUCUCUAUCGUUUCAAAAAUUACUUAAAUCUACACAUUUUUACUAUUUAUAUUAUAUUUUGUAAAUCAUCAUUAAAAUUUUCUUUUUAUGUUUAAACCCUACCUUGCUAUUAUUUUAUUAUAUUAUAAUUUUUAAACAUAACUUAACUAUAAGAGGUUGUUGAAAAAUUAAAUUUUAAAACUGCACCAUUUUUUGAUUGCAUAAAAAAAUCUGUUUUACUUUUGUUAGGUUUACAUACAAUAACAAAUUAGCCGAAGUUUUCAUUUGUCCUAUUUAGGUUGGUUGAGGUUUGAUAUUUAUUUAAAUGUAUAUUUUCUAACAUUUGGUUAAGGGUAUCAAAACAAAAUACUUCUUCCAACUUUUAGAUUCACGCUUAUCUUUAAUAUAUAGCUUAUAAAUCUAAGUAUUUUUUUUUUUUUUAAACUAAUAUCUUGUCUUGAUUUUAAUACUAUUUUUAACAACCGUAAUGACUGACAGGCGGUUCUUAAAUACUGUUUUAUUGUGUGAUAUUAGAUAAUUAUUAUAACUGUGUGUUACCAUAAUGUUGUAGACUACUUAACAUUCUAAUUGAAUGGUUUGUUGAAUGUGCGUAUCUAUUAAACACUAUUAUUUUCUAUUGCAUGAUGUUAUAGUUUUGUGUUUCAUUUUCCAGGAGGGGAUUUAUUGGUGAGCCUGACCUCCGCCUUUGACAAAAAACUCAAAUCUCUUUUGAUACCCAGCGACUCUGUGGACGCCAAAGAGAAACAGCAGAUGACUAAAUUGGAUGACGAACAAACAGAUAUACAAACAUACAGGGAUCCAAGUUUACAUAGAUCAUUGGAAAGGCGCAGCCAGCACAUAACUGAAAAACAUGUAAUUAAUAUUUUAUAAUAAUUUUUAAUAUUUUACCUACAAUGUAAAAUGGUCAAAUUAAAAUGUCUUCAUUUUUUCUAGGAAAUUGAAACCAUGAAAGACUCGGCCAGUGAAUCUGUGAAAGAUCCUCCGAAAACUGAUACUUCGAUCGCCGAUCAUUUUGAAUGUCUUCAGGAUUUCAACGCCUAUCCAAAUGUGCGUUUGCGUCGUUCUGAGUCAUUAAAACAAAAAGAAAAUCGUCCAGACUAUGGGAAUCAUGUAAAACUACGCCGUUGUGAGUCACUAAAUAAACAUGAGAGAUAUAUAUCAAAGUACACAAAGUUUGAGGCAAUGAUGCUGACAAAAAACGGUGACGCUUCCAAACACCGGCGGUCUGACUCCCUCACAAAGACAGAGAAGACCGAAUGCAACAUGAACAAGCGAAAACAAGGAUUAUCUAGGCGCUAUAGUUCAUUACGCGAUAAGGAAGCGCGCCAAAAACGUAAAAACGGUGUUACAACUGAUCGUAGUAUUAAAAGACGGCAUACAGUAGGCGGUACUAAGGACUUUGAUAAAAUCACUUGGUUGGAUAAUAAGGAAAGGGAAGAAUUGGAGAAAAGCUGUAAAGAUCGAAGAACUAGUUCGCCAGACUUGAGUUGGGCUCGUGUUGUUGACGGAAUAAAAGAAAGAGGUAUCAGACCUAGGAGCAUGGCCGACCCAAAUUUUGUGUCUAAACUCUUGAAUGUACCCCUCGAGUCUCACGUUUGACACUAACUGUAUUUUCUUUAAAAACUUUUUUGAUCUCAUUUGUCCUAUCGCUUAAAUGUGCUCAUCCCCCCCCCCUCAUGUUUUCAUCAUCCAAAACUUGUGCUCAUCCCUAUCAUCUAUAGGUCGUCCCUUUUAUGCUUUAUUAAGUUUGGUAUUUUUUCAAUACCAACAUUGUUUUAUAGUCCUGAUGAUGAUGUGUUUAAUAUAACAAUAUUAUUUGUUUUAAAGUAUUACAAAUAUGAUAUAUUUAAUAAUUCUUGACAAUAUUUUUUGAUGAAAAAAAAAACAACGGUGCAAUAAUAUUAUAACUACAUUAAUGUAGCAAUAUUGUAAAAAAAGAUGUACUAUUAUAUUUCUUAUUAUUAUUAUUAUUAUUAUUUUAUUUUUAUAAUUUUUAUUUUGUCACGUUACCACUGACAUAUAUACCUAGUAUGUUCAAUCAAUUUUUAUUUUGAUAAAUAUUCUUUAAAAUGCAUUUUCACAAAAACUAUCACAUUAUUUAUUUUAUUUUAGUAUAUAUAUAUAUAUAUAUAUAUAUAUGGAUAACACACUGAGCAUUUAAAUUUUAUAUAUUUUAUUAUCUUAAGCAAAAACUACUGUUACACGUGUAAAUAAUCUUAAAUGUUUAUUUGUAUUACAUAAAGGUAUACCGGUUACUGUUUUUUUUUUUUUUUUAAUGGUGCGUUUUAUGUUUUUUUUUUUUCGUGUUGUUUUGUCUUUUUUUCAAAUUUGUAAAGUGUUUUUAUUUUAUAUACAUAAUAAUUGCAAAAGAAAAAAACUUAUAUUAUGAAAAAUGUUUUUCACUGCAUUGUACGUCUUAAAUGGCGUACAAAUAUAUUGAUUCUAUGUGUAAGUUUUAAUCAUUAAGAGUUCCACAAAAACAAAAUAAAGUGUUGGAUA